AUGGCUUUAUCCCCAGUGGAGUACACUAUAGGAGGGGUGAAGAUAAACUUCCCCUGCAAGGCUUACCCCUCCCAGCUGGCCAUGAUGAACUCAGUGAGUCUCAUCAUCCAUCCAUUCAUCCAUCCAUACAUGCAGUUAUUCAUUUCAUUCAUUGAUGUCUUGUGUAAUAGCACAUAUUGUAAUCAGUAGGUUUUGCAGUUUCGCCCAACAUUAUGACUACACAAACUAUUAUCUGAAACCCCCCAGUGAGCACUAACUAGAGUUUCAUUGUUGAUUUCAGGUCUAACUUGAACUACUUUGUGUCACUUCAGACUGCUGUGUGCUUUACCCUUUGCUGGAAACACAUAAAGCACUACAAGUGACCAAAUUUUACUUUGCGUCUGUGCUGUCUAGUAUUAUGUGCUCCUUACCUUCCUGUCUCUCUUACUUCCCAGGACUGAAGGAGAAUAGAGCAUCAAACUGUCAAUAAAUCACUCUACAGCUGAUCUACAGUGAAUCAAGUUAUCUGGGGCAGUAAAGGGGAGGGAAGCAGAUUGUUAUGAGACUGCUGAUCUGUUGUUAUUUGUUGGGUACUUCAUAGUUCCCGCAGGAAUUAAUGAGGGUGGGGCUGAAGAUUGUGACACUAUUUACUGUACAGGUAUCCAAAAUGACAACAGAAUGCCAAAUCAUACUUGAAAUAUAUUUUUUAACACAUCUCCAUACCUGCUAUUAUCAUGCAAUCUUUUGGUGUUUUUGACUCAAAUUUCUUUGGGAUUAUGUCUUCAAAUUUAGAGUUGUUCCUUUUCACAGUGUAUAUAUGUCUAAAUAUUGUCCACAGAUUGUACGAGGGCUAAACCAUGGACAGCACUGUUUGUUGGAGAGUCCAACUGGGAGUGGAAAGAGUUUGGCCUUGCUGUGCUCAGCCCUGGGCUGGCAGAAGUCUCAGCUUGGUGAGUUUAUUCUGAAUGAACAAGUGUGCAAUGUAUUUUUUUUAUAGCUAUUUUCAAACCAAUAAGAAAUGUCUGGUAUAUAGAUUGAUUGGAGAUUAAGUUUGUCAGUCUUAAAUAAAUUGUUAGAAAAUUUACAGCAUUGGACAAAAACAGUACUUUGUUUUACCUGCCAUUGGUGCAUUGGUGUUUGGGAAAGCAAAGUCACCUGUAUGCGCACUGAAACUAACAAGGAUGUUCAAAACCAAAACUCGCAUUUCGACAGGUAACAACUGCUCAACGAAAUCCAUGUCAGCAGAAUGUGACACUAGGAAUGAUAUGUUUCCUUCCAUUCAUAUAUGUUUUGGUCUUCAUCACUAAUGUUUGAGUUUGUGAACACUUUCUGUAUUUUUAAGGUGAGGUUUUCUUUUAAGUAGGUAAUACCCCUUACAGUUCUAUCUGUGUUUCCAUGUGUGACCACAGCUAAAUUACAACAAGGAGGGAGCCCUGGAGUGGACAAGGGCAAGCCAGAUAACAGCUCCGGAGACUGUAAGAAAACAGAUGUUACCCCCUGUCAGUGUGUGUGCCACAGCAAUGUCAGGAGGCCUGCAGCUACACCUGCAGCCCCACCUGCCGCCCCACCUGCCGCGAAACUUCCUGUUAUAGACCUCACUGAGUCAUCCUGCAAAGAUCCUGCAGAACCAGCAUCUUCAGCACCUGGGAAAAGUAACAACUUUUCAUUUCUAUGUUUCAGCUGAACAUGUCUGACAAGAAUGUGUUUUUUAGUGAUCUGCACAUAAUUUUCAUGUAAACAAAAGGGGUUGGCAGUGAAGUCUUCAGUGCACUUGUCACUUUUGCGUUGAACUCUUCUCACAUCGCUUGCUUGUAUAUGAUACUGGCUGCUGUAUUUGUGUUAUUUUAAUUUUGUUCAUUCUUUGUUUUACAGAUCCUGUACCAGAGGAUUCGCAGCCCAAGAAACAAUCCUUAGCUGCUCGCCUUUCUGAGAAGUUUCAGGCCUCCCUCAACUCUGAACGUGAAAGAGAUGAUGACUUCCAGCCUGACAGGAAACGCAUCCGUACUGCCGAGCCCAAGGUAGUCAUGGGAACUACAGAACAAAAGCUGUGAAUUCAUUUAGAAAGAAAAGCUGUCUUGUGACGUGUUUGUGGCACUUCUUAAGCAGCAAUGUUGUGGGUUAAAUACCAGCCUGGUGACUAAGUAUUGUUCCUGUAUUUGUUCCUCAGAGCCGUAAGAGGCAACGUUUGGAGCGGGGAGUGAUUUUCAUAGACGAUGAUGAUGAGCCAGAGGUGGAGAACGAGACUUCAGGUUUUUGUAGUGAGACAACAGAGCGCCCCAGCUCAGCACCUGCUCCGUCCUCAUCAUUCUUUGUGAGUACAGCCGUCCUUGCUCUUAUCAGUGGAACAUGUUCUUACAAUCAAAUGUUUGCUUUGUUGCUGUUGUUGUGAAUGGGUGUAUGACACCUUAUCCCUUAUCCAUUUAAGCUGGUAAACUACAUCAUAGGUCGAUUUAAACCAUGUUUUUUGUUGCCAGUCUAGGGGUUCACUUUCACCAUUAGGUGGCGAUAGAGUCCACAAAAUGGACUGUGGUUAAACUUUCUUAUGCGCUGUCCUAGAUGAGUCACAUUUGAACACUGCAUGGAUGCAUGCAUGUCUCUACAGAAACUUGUUAGUUUUACCAGGAAACUAAGAACAAGCUGAGAGGAAGCUUGUCAAGAUUGAAAUGAAACUCCACCUAUGGUGUUCCCUUGGUGAUUAGUCUUACAGUCUCCCCUUUAUAAAAAAAAUAAAUGUAAUAUAAAAUAUAUAUAAAAAUGUAUUAAAAAGAUAUAAAGAAAGGUAAGAAGAUGAAUGCAAAUGAAAACAAAUAACAUACCAAAAGCACAUGAAAACACCCCACUGAUGUUUAUGUAUUUGUUUGUAGCCAUACAGAUUAAAAGGAAGAUAGUGUAUGAGCUCACUUUAACAUUUUGUAAAUGUUAUUGCCCAAGUAAUCAACAAGAAUUAAUAACAAAUGUUGUCAUAAGAAAAUAUCAAAAAUCUUAUUCAUGUGUCAUCUUUUUGGUCAACAUUAAAAAACAGAGUGAAAACUGAAUAUGUAAGACAGUAACAUCAAUAAUAAAAUAAAAUAAUAAAAACCACAAUAGAACAGAAUAAUAAUUUUUAAAAAACGCACACCAUUAAAGAGAAGGCUGAUACAGGGCUUCCAGGGAUUAUAUUGAAGAGGACACAAAAUAUUAAACACCAAACACAAAACAAUUUAACACAACUAUGAACCAAAACUUCCAAAAAGAUAUAAUAAGAUGAAAACCUCCAAUGUAAAGUUUGAACCAAACUGAGAUUAAACUGUUUUGUUUUCACAGAGUAACCUCUCUAUUGUUUUAUUUGGCACUUUUUUUCUGAAAUUAUCAGAGUACAUUAGUGAAAAGAAAAGUGAAAGAAGUUCUUAAAACUCGAUAGAUAAAAUGAAAAGCUUUUGGAAGAUCUGAAAAUGUAUUAUGAUUCAGUGUUUUGGUGUGAGUUACAGGUAAUUAGUUUUUGGUCUUUAAAUGGAAAAACAGUAAAGCUGAGUCAUCAUCCCCUUCAGACAGCACCAAACCAGGUGGAUCUACAGUGUGAUUUUUAUUUUCUAGCUCCCAGAGAUCAACAUGUGGGACAUAAUCAUUAAAAAUGCUCAGCUGUCUUUUUUUCUGACUCACAGCUCACAGGAAUAGUUGUACUCUCUCAAACUGAGCCCAACCUGCCACAGGUGUGUGGUUUGGAUUUAGAGCCGAUGGUGGGAGGUGGAAAAAGAGGAGGAGGGAAAGUGAAGUCGAAAAAGCGCGUCAGGCUCUGGUUUCCCUGCAGCUACAUGACCUGGGCUCUUUUGUCCAGUGAGCGCUGACUGACGGCCUGAAUGGGCUUCUUUGAAGCAAGCUCCAGUUUUAAUUAAGAGGGUUUGCCUCGCCUGGGCCGCUGAUCUGUGAAAGCCAUGGGGAUAAAUAUUGAAUGGGGUUCACCCGCUGGUUACUGCGCCCGAGGGAUAAACAGGUGCUUCAGAGGGCAGAUAUUUGCCAGGGCCUCUACCUGCAUAGUGUGGUCGUAUCAGGAGGAGGGGGUGUUCGGUGUCAUGUCUUCCCAGGUAUUGGUUAUUGAAGCCCACCCUUAUUGGGGUGAAUUCCAAGCCCUCCAAAGCUGUGGAAUGAGGAGCAAAUUGGUGUCCAGUGAGAGGCGCCAGUGAUACCCAAGUGAUCCACUGCCUGCGGCCCCUUGCUGCCCUCCGACUGGCCCCCUGGAGUGUGAGAUUUCCAUCUCUCAGGUGUUGGCAGGGAACAGAGCAACAGAAGCCUACCUGUGAAUAUUCUGAGGUGUUCAGUAACACCACUGACCUCUGUUCUGUCUAUUCAAGAGAGCUUUUGCCACUGCAUACGCUUACACCUUGGUAAUGUAGGUGGAAACUUGGUAUAUCUGUUAACAUAUAAUAACAGAAGAAAACUGGUAAACCAACAUUAACGUAGCACAUGUGUUAAAUAUAUCUAGUUUAACUUCAUAAAACUUGUACUUAACUCGAGUCAUGAAGAGUAAAUCUGGGUCUAUGUCAUAGCACAAAAAGAUGUGUUUUCAGCAGUAUUGAUCAGUGUUUGUUCUCAUCACAUUAUAUGAUGAAAUUAUGCUGUGCAGUUGAACUGACCCAGGCCUGAGGAUAAAAGAGGGCUCAUCUGUUAACAUUUGGUUUAGCUAAAAUCAUUUAAAAGUGAUAGAUUGCAUUUGGGAAGAGGUACCGUAACACAAAAAAUAUAUCUCAUUUGGAUUUUAUAGUGGUAUGUCGGUUGCAGUAUGUGUUUUUUUAUAAGUCACAAGAAGCAUUAAAUGUGUCUCUCAUGCACUGAACUUUAUUUUGAUAAACCAGCAGUUUUUGUCGCCCUUUACUGAUAGUCUGGUCAGGGGCUGUGAGCUGAGCGGCAGCUAAAGAUGUUUGCUCUAGAUUGGGUCAGGAUUUCUUCAGUACACAUCAUUCUCCAUGUCUCUAAGAAGAGGGAAAAGUCUGAAGCAGUCUUCUCUUACCUGAAAUAAAUGGACCAGGUGAUUUAAACUGUAAAGUGGAAGUUGCAGGGGAAACUGUGAGUCUUUGGGCAGGAUGUCAGGGAGGGCUGCAAGCUGAGCUGUUGCCAUUGUUGCCUAGAUGUUGUUGACUGAAAAUAGAAGAGAUCUCAAAGGGAACAGUGACCACAUGACUUGCAGAUAAAUUGUGAUUUUCCACAUACAGGCAUGACAAAUGCAGUUGUUGUUGGCUGUUGUGUCAUUUCUGGUGUGCUAGUGUGAUUGACCAAUUAUACCUAACAAUACCAAAAGUAUUAUCAUAUUUAGAUACAUUUAAUCACCAUCCUUAAUACUGUAUAAUCUUUCUCUAGCUGUCAAAUAGACAAAGGAAGGGCACUCUCAUUGCUAGCAGCAGUAACACCAGUGGAAUUGUGGUGUGCUGAAAGAGCAGGUAUGUUCUUGUUGCGAGUAACGCUGGCGUCCACUUUGCCCCUUUUGCCAGUUAUCUACAUUCCUUUCCAGGGGGUGUCUGCUUCGGGCUGUGGGGCCAGGCUUGAAACCUUGUUGUCCUGGCAUCUCAGGGAGGCAGGCGCGUAAAAGGAUACUCUUGUGUCAGCUGUUUCCUGCUGCAGCUUUUGACAAGGGCCUCUAUUCUUCAGUGAGCCCUUCUACACUGCCCCAGCCCACCCUCCUCCCCCCACCUGCCAAUGAAUAAGUAAUUAUUGGCCAUCUUGGGGCAGGAUAUUUGGACGGGUCUGUUUAAUGUGGCAGCAGCAGGUAAGGUGAUCGGGCUCAGGGCCCAGGCUGUGGAGCGUAACUGUUCCGAGGAGAAAGGUAACCUGAACUGGUGUUGGGGCCCUGCAGCACCUCUGUUUGUUUUUCACAUGGGCUCAGGGCUCGUUAUCCCUCUUAACUCUGAGAGGCGGCUCUCUAAGGGCUCCCUUUGGCCUACACUCCAUCACACAUUGUAAUAUUUGAUGGGCAAACAUGCUCGGAAAAUCUGAGCCACCGGGAAACUCAAGCUGCUCGUCUGUCAUCAGAAGUGCUACCUUCUGAUCCCCAUCAUAAGCUACCAUGCGUGACAACGCAUACCAUUCAUUCUUAUGUAGAAUCAUGCAGGCCAUUUGUUGAGGAAUUCUGGUUAAAAGGUGUUUGUUAAGUGUUUAUUUAUCAUAGUAACACAAACAUAUUAAUCUUUGGCAGGAUGAUUUUCAUCAAAGUCUAAGAACAUGAGGAGCAGUGGGCUCAUACUGUUUGCUGUUUAUCGAGUGCAAAGACCACAUAAGUAGGAUCUGUGGAGAGACUCUCAAACAGUUUAGAUAUUGGUCGCUCACUUAGUUUUUUAAAUAUUUAUUUCAUAGAAACAGCAGUGUUUAUUCAGCAUAUAGUCUUUGGCUUACUCUAAUAAAUGAGAGACAGCAAAAGUAAUUAUACAAUGGAAUAAGUUGAGACAAACAAAAUAUAAAAAUCAACUGAAAACCAACAUGAAUAAGCAAAACACACUGGCAUUAACAUCUGCAUGUGUAACUGCACUCGUGCACAUACAGACUCUUAAAAGCUUAGUAAUAAGAUAAUACUCGACUAUCUGUUAACAUAUACUGUAUAUUAAAAAAUAUAGUCUAGUAUAUAGUAUAUUGAAGCUCUACCUGCAUAUCACUUUUAAUAACAAACAAAUGUAGUUAAAAAUGACUAAAGAAAGAUCGAUCUCUGUCAGCACUCAUUCUGCUGCAUUUUGAAUUGAUGGCUGGUUUACUGUGCUCUUUAGUGGACCAGAUUGUUGUAGUCUAACCUGUUAGUUAUAAAUGAGUGCGAUAGUCUCUCUGUAUCGCUCAGAGAGAGAGAGAGAGAGAGAGAGAGACAAAAGUGUGUGAAAAUUUCCGCAAGAGAUUGGGUUGAGUUGUUCUGUGAAAGCAGCAGGUAAAAGUCUGAAAAAUUUACCUUGGAUGAGAGGGUAGGGAUGAUGACGUUCAUUCCUCUGCUUUCUAAGUUUUUCUGCUGCUUUAUAGCUGUUCCUACUUUACACGUUCGUCUGUUUUUUGUGUUUUACGACUAUGGUAUUUGUAUCUUGAAAACAUCCUUCAACAUGUUGCAGUGAUAUUCAUACUAAACUCAAACUUAAAGACAUCUCCUGCAGGCUUAGACCAGCUAUCCCUCACACCUAAAGAUGUCAGGAGUUCAGGUGUGCCUAGAGGCUUAUUUUUGCCUUGAUGUAGAAAAUCUUUACAUAUUGGCACUAUUACGUAAAUAGAUAAAUUGCCAUUACAACUAUUUCUGCUACUACCGAUAAAAAUUAUGAUAGUACAGUUCAAGUAAGAGACUCUUAGAUGAUAGAUUUUAAACUUAUUUUUUUGGUGAAACCUGUGAUUGGAUGGUAAAUGUUGACAGCUGAAUAGUCAAAGAGUACAUUGCUUUAAAGAGCCCAACACAUCAGACAGGAUCAGUUUCACAAGCGUUGUCGGCUACACUUCACCUGUGAAGGAGGAGGAAAAAAGAAUCCACCACGUCACUGGGCAGCCAAUUAUGAAGUAGCUAGAUCUUCUCAGCUGCCACAAAGGUAGCUGAUCAUCUUUCAGCCUCUAAAGGUCACCUGGUGCUGAGUGACAGGACAACUUAUGUAUGGAUACAAAUUCUAUAUGCUUCUUCAUGGGUUUUUCAAAGACAAACAAGACCGCUAGUCAGAAAGACUACUCAGGCAGUUAAAAACCCUGAUGAGUCUCUUGCUUUAUUUAUCAUAAUCACAAAUACUAAUGUUGUUUACAGUCACGGUGUGGGGCGAUGAAUGGACAUCAUUGAGAAAUAUUCCCUAUUAAAAAUGUUGUGUUAUUGGUUUGGUCACACAAGUCAGCAAACAAGUACAUGUAAAGGGUUGUGUGGUUGCCUCUGUAAGUGGAGACACACUUCCCUCCUUAAGUAUUGGAACAGUAAGACUAACUUUUUUUAUUUUUGCUGUAGAGUGAAAACAUUUCAGAUAUUGAUAACCCAUUUACUAUGUAAAUAGUAUAUAUUUGCAUUUCCUUUCAAAGAUUUUGAAUAUUCAAAAUCUGCCACUUUGUUAUAGAAAACUAGCCUGUUGCAACAUCGACUAAAUAAUUUAUUGUGGUGGCCAUCAGAUGUCAAGUGGGGCCCAGGCCACCCAGAAUUUGGCCUUUCCACACAGCCAGAAUUACCCGAGCCCGUCCAGCUCAACAUGUGACCACUAUGCAUACAGAGCGGCCUAUUAAACAGCAUUAGGGCGGCAAACACAUGAUUUUUCAGACUAUUAUUAUGUAGGCACUUUGCAUAAAGUAAGUCACAUGUCACAAACUUGUGCCCAUCAGGGUUUGGUCAGUUAGAAGGUGCCUGUUUUUUUCCAGCUGACAUUGAUAAUCACUGUCCUUAUGUGUGACUGUUUUACAGCUCUGGUGUCCAGAUGUUAAACUGGCUUGGCAUUUGUCUACUUCCUUUCAGACUCCUGAACCCUGCUCCCAUUGCCCCUGUGCUGCAACCAAAGAUACUGUGAAGGACAAAGACCAAGAAGGGAAAAAGAAGAUUCGAAAAAUCUUCUUUGGCACACGCACACACAAACAGAUCACUCAGAUCGCCCACGAGUUAAAGCGUACCGUGUACUCAAGUACGCCCAUGACCAUCUUAUCCAGCAGAGAUCACACCUGUGUCAACCCCAUGGUGGUGCCUCAUGCCAACCGUAAUGAACGCUGCAAGGAGCUGCUGGACAACAAAGAUGUAAGAAUGACCGCAGAUAAACACUAAUCCCCUUAAAUCCCCCUUUUCUCUGUGCUCUUGCAUUUAAAUGAAUUUUACAGGACCGAGUUGAUCUCUAUGCAAUCAGAAUUGACCCCAUUAGUGCUUUAAUAAGUUUGGUUUAUUGACCCAUCACAAAAGCCAAUAACUUAGUGAAAAAAAGCACAGAGGAUUUUUCACACUGCCUUUUUUGUUCCAGUUGAUUUGUCCUGUAUGAACUGGGUUUUUUUCAGUCACACUGUAACCCUAACCCAAAUGUAACUUGCUCUUCCUGAAAAAAAACUCUUCAAACAAUAUCGCCUCAGAGCAACAAUUAUGCUGCUACAAUAUCCACAAUCGGUUGGGCAGGCUCUUUUUGUCACACUGAAAUGUCAAAAGCCAUUGAACGAGUCUUUUUAUGGAGACAUGAGACACUUGUAACCCCCUAUACUGUCCUAAAGUUGAGGCGCCUACUGUAAUGAGGACAAUUACGCUGUCAUUGAAGGUGUUUGCCUUCCAUGACAGUCGUCUCACUUUGUCACAUGGCCGAGUCAUAACCCCUCACUGAAGUGGGUGUUGCUGAUUCUCUGUGUCUUCAUGGCCUAAGGGUGUAGUUUGGUGCGGGUCAGGUUACUGCGCUCUGUGGACACAGUGAUUUAUGACAGAAAAGCACAGCCUUCAGUGAAAAGUGUAAACAGUAGAAAUUGAGGACAUGGCCACUAUAAGGGCAAACAUUGAUUUGUUAGCUGCCUCUUUGAAGCCACUCGUGAGGCAUUCGGACUGUCACCAUGUUGGUUUUUGGAAGCCAGUCCUGAGUUUGGUCCCUGUAGAUAGACACAUGACAUAAACAUCAGUGUAAACCAGUCUCCAAAAGGCAAAUAAUCUGUGCUUGUAGCUAAUACUGCUGCUAAGCUAAGACAGUUUACAGAACAAUGCUUUUCACUGUAAAUAAGCUCAGAAUAACUGAUCCUCUUGUCACUGUGGAUUGCAGUUUUUUCUCCAGGAUAAGACAACAGUUUUGAGGUGCCACAGAUAGCUCAAUUGAUUAUUCCUUGAGAGUGAGAUUGAACACCAACUACUUUAACCCCAUGUUGGUAAAAUAAACUUUACAGAAAGGAAGUUUGUGUUAAAUAUGCAGAACCGGCUCACAAAAAUGCAAAAAGACAGAAUAAGCAAAGGACACCCGGCGUACUGCUCACAGCUUUAACUUGUCAUAUAGAGCCACUCUCCCCUUUAACUCUGAAGUUCAAUACAAGGUAAACAGGUGCACUGGUUACAGAAUACUCCCCAGUACAACUGCAAAUAUUAGCACUUCCAUGGUGGCUCCAUAUUUCAGCCCUGGAUGAUGACUCUUGGUCCCCUGUCCUCCAUUUACACAAUGAUGUAAGAAGUCUGUCCUUUCAUAACGUUGGCUGCUCCACCCUCUCUCUCUUUACAGACGGGGUUCAGUGUCGUUAAGUAUCUAAGCUUAGCACAUCAUUGUCAGACCGUCUCCAUCCAGAGAUUAUUAUCAUGUCUGGAGGUUACCGAGUCCACAGAUGUACAGUAUCCAUGUGUGACAGUGUCACCUCCAGCUGUUAAACCAUUAAAGAUCAGGGUGGGACAUCCGAGGCAGACACCUGCUUUGACAGAGUAAUUGGUUGUCGGUACAUGAGAUGCUUCUUCUUUCCAUGUCUUUUACAUUCUCUGUAUGAGUGUCAGGACAUGUUGAUGGUUACAAAAGCUGUGACACCUGAUCACAGGUGGCCUCUGAAAUGCUGUAAGUCACCUCUGAUUCAACUGGAAACCAGGGCGACUGAAAUUGAACAGCCCAGUUAUCUCAGAACAAUAGAAAAUGCUGAAGAUAGUCUUGUUUUUACAUGGACCAUGUAAGAAAAGAGACCGUGUCUGUUUUACUCCGUUUUCACCAUCUGCCCUCGCUAAUGUUCGGCUUUAUCUACUUUGUAUUUGUUUCUUCUGUGCUGCAUUUGCCCUGAUAACCAGCUAAUAAAAAUAGCACUCAGAAAAUGUCCAGGUUCUCAGAUCUAACUUUUGAGAUUACUAAGAUGUUUUUCAAUAUUCUUGAAGAGUAGCUUGAGUUUGAUUUAGUUGUCUGUUUACAGGAGAAAAGCAAACCUUCAAUUAUUUCAUCCCAGUUUUAAAAUGUGUGUCUAACAGGGCAGGUCCUGCCGCUACUACCAUGGUGUUCAGAAGAUGAGGGACCAGUUUAGCUUGCAGCACGUCCACGGGCUCCAUCAUGCCUGGGACAUCGAGGACUUGGUCUCACUGGGCAAACGGAUCCGCUCCUGCUCCUACUUUGCUGCUCGUGAACUUAUGCAGGAGGCUUUUAUCAUCUUCUGCCCGUAUAACUACCUGCUGGACCCGGUGAUUAGACAGAGUGUGAGUAGAGCCCAGAGGAGAAGGCAAAGGUGUUGUUAAUAAAUCAGAGUGAAUAUACUGUGGAGUUUUUAGAGAUUAACUUCUCUUUUUUCUCUUUUGAAAAGAUGGACAUUGACCUCACCGGCCAGAUCUUGGUGCUGGACGAGGCCCACAACAUCGAAGACUGUGCGAGGGAGAGUGCUAGCUACACUUUAGACAACAACAGUCUGCUAAACUCCAGGGAUGAGCUCGAUGGGAUGGUCAAAAACAAUAUCAGACGUACCAAACAUGAGCCGCUCAGAGACUUCUGCUACAGCCUCAUCAAGUCAGUGAAUCAGUGAAUUCAUUCAUAUUGCUUAUCAUCUCGUCCAUCAUGCUCAGAAUUUUCUGUCUUUAUGCUAAGGCUGAUGCAUUGUCUUGUAGCUGGAUUCAGGAGAGCCAGAAUCUGCUGUCAGACCGGGGUUACGAGAGUGCCAGUAAAGUCUGGAAUGGGACAGAUAUAGUGCACAUCUUUCAUGACCUCGGCAUCACCGCUGAUACCUUCAACAUUUUAAAGGUAUCAACACAUAUCUUGGCUAAAGAUAACUUUUGCUGACUUAGUACUGAGGAAUGGUCUGGUAUGGUGUCCUUAUAAAGUCUAAAAAAUGAAAUUUUGUUGUUUUAGUUUAGAUAAAAUAGCUAAACACAAAUUAUCAACAAUAUUUAGGCAUUCUGAGAUAAAAAUCAUGAAUUUACCUGAAAAAGAGAGAUCUCCACAGACUAAGAUGUUUGGAGAAUUUAAAGAUCAAAAACUUAUUUGUGUGGUAAAAUUAGCCAAAGUAUCACAAGAAAACCUGAGGAGGAAAUCCACCGAGAAUGAGUAGCAGCUGCUGCCACCACUAUUAAUUUCAACUUUUUCACCUUUUGCUUUGCAGGGUUGUACCGUGUAUUCAUACCACUUACCAAAGAGAAGCCCAUUUAGAUAGAACAAUAUUCUACACAAUAGUACAGCCCAUAUAUGCAGUGGUUUCACUACAGACAGCCUCAGGGUGGUAGUACCAAAUGUCAUGCACAGAACUAUGGAUUUUGUCAUCCAGAGGUGUAAAUGUGUCAUGAUCACUAAAAUCUUUGGUGUGACAGAGCUGUCAAAUAUUGCUGAACAGUUGUAACAGACCCUCAACAGGUUGUUAAAUUGUACUUUUACUGGUCGUGGCUGUUGGUGUCAGUAAGUCAGAUGAUUUCUGCUAUGAGAUUCAUUUACAAGCAACAUUGAUCUUAGAUGAAUGUGUGAUGGCUCAUCAAAACGUGUGCAAACAUCGCAGACACAGUAGACCAUUUUGUGGUUAUCUGUGUUACUGUGUUUCACCAAUGAGCAAUCAAUCAAUCAACCAAACUUUAUUUGUAAAGCACUUUUCCUACAAGGAAUGUAACAAACAAACAAACAAAAAAAGAAAAACACACACACCAAGAUAAUAGACAUGAGGCUGAGUACAUGCACAGGUCCAUUUAUGUCCUAUUCUCUCCUAAGAGUUAAAAGUUAGGAAAAUCUUUAAAAAAACAGCAAAAACAUAGUUUUUAAAGAUGAGAUAAGAAAAACUUAAUUUAUUCCCAAGGGGAAUUUAGUUUUGUCCGCAAACAUGCCUUCUUGGUUUAAAAAAUAUAUCUUUGUUGGUUUUCAUACAGAUUUAUGCAUCUGUCCUAAUCUUGAGCUCCAUUUACAUUUUUUAUGGACAGGCAGGUUUAUGUAUUUCAGUUUUAUCUGCAGGUAUUAACUUACAUAUUUUAGAUGAACUGUACUUAAUCAAAAAUUUUAAAGCCAAGUCUUAAAAAGACAGUUCAGCGUCUUAUAUUAUAUUCCAUGUAUGCCAUGUGUUUUUUUUUUCUGAAAUCCUGUUUCUCACUUUCUCUAUCAGCAACACUUGGCUGCAGUGUUGGAGAAAGAGGAACGUGUUGGUGUGGUUAAUGGCAGAGAGGAAAUGGUGGAGGUACCAACAAUCAGCUCAGCUACCUCCAUUGUCCUGAAAAGCCUCUUUGUCGUGCUGGACUUUGUUUUCAGGGACAACUGCAGGUCAGCGAUGAAGCAAACAUUGUCAACUAGAACAACUUCCCAUCCCACACCAGUCCAAAUACAGAAAUGAUCUGACAACAGUUUGUUUCCUGUGGUGUUUUAGAUUUGCUGAUGACUACCGGGUCGCUCUGCAAAGGAGCUUUGCAUGGAAAACCCAGGUCCCACCUGAUGUCCCUGAUGACCAGGGCUAUUUUGUUCGACCUCGGCAAAGACAACGCCAGAGCGCUCGAGUUAAGACAGAAGUUCUGACGCUCAGCUUCUGGUGCCUCAACCCCGCUGUGGUGAGAGAAUCUGCCAUGGGAGACCACACCGAUUUGUUAUUGAAGUUUGUGAAUAUAAAGACUGAGUAACUUCCAACCAUCUAAAAUUGUCUUUAAAAGUUUAUUCCUGCACCUAAAAAUGAUGUUACUUUUAUGACAUCAUUUAUGCUAAAUCUGUGCCUGUUAUUGGCAGGCUUUCUCCGACCUGAGUGGGGUUGUGCACAGCAUUGUGCUAACAUCAGGAACCCUGUCCCCCAUGAGCUCCUUCUCCUCUGAACUUGGGGUGAAAUUCACCAUCCAGCUGGAGGCCAACCAUGUCAUCAACAAGUCCCAGGUCAGUGGGUUCACAUGUGCACAUGAUCUUUUCAGUAUUACUGCUGAUGAUUUCUUGAUGUGCUAUUGACUUUUGACAAAAAUUGAGCCUAUGUCUAUAAAACAACUUAAAGAGUACAAAUACUGCUCAGCACGUAAUUUGCAUCACAUAACCUCCAAAAUUUAUUCGAAUUCAGCAACACUAUGACCUGAUGUUCUCUGAGCCAGUUUUUCUGAUCAUCACAUCACAGUUUGUUGUAUACGGUUCUGCUUAGCUGGUCAUUUCACAAUAUAUCUAGAGUGAAUUAAUAAUCAUGAACUUUAAAUUUUUUAUUCAGGUUUGGGUGGGUACUAUUGGAGCAGGACCCCAAGGCAGAAAACUCUGCGCCACUUUCCAGCACACUGAAACCUAUGCCUUCCAGGACGAGUUUGGCGCCCUGCUGCUCCACGUGUGCCAGGUCGUGUCUAAGGGCGUGCUCUGCUUUGUGCCAUCUUAUAAGGUAAAAACACAAUUUUGUCCGAUAGUGUAUCUUUACAGCUGUAAGAAGACUAGAUACAAUAUAUAAAAUAACAAGUCAUCCUAAAAUAAACUAACAAAAAUAAGAGACCAUGAAAUCCUGUCCUCCAUAAUGACAUAAUGUGCAACAGAUUACAUUACAUUUCUGACAGUGGUAAUUUACUGUGGGUAAAUAAUAUAGUCCUGUUCUCACUGGAGGACUGUUGUAAUGUACUGCAUGAAUUUAAAAGCAGAGGCCUAAAUCAACUGUGUUCACUUGAGUUUUGUUUAUAGGGGAUUGUUUAGUUUACUAUAAGUAUAAAAUGUUCACUGAUUACUUAUUUUUGAUUUUUUAUCUAGGUUUAUUAUUGUCUCUGGUUUUUUAGUUGCCACGGUUCACCACUUGGAGGUGCUAGACACUGUAAGAUGAACUGGAGUCCUCUCUUUAGCUUUAGUCCUGUAGAGUUAUCGCUUUAACCUUUGCUAUGUAAAACAAGUUAUACUUUUCAAAGCCCAGAGUGGAUUCCAGCAGAUCCCACUGUUAGAAGGCAGCUGUCAGUGGUGUCAUGUGCUACAAUAGAUCAGCACUAAUCAAUGGCGGUACUUGUCAAGUACUUGUUAAAUGGCGUCAUCCUCACAGAACUGUAUCCUGUUUCAGUUAAUGAGGGCGCUUCUGAGAGCGCACUCAUAGACACUUUGUCCUCCUUUGUUUGCUCUGCGUUUUUGUUCAUGAAUUAUUAAUGUCCACAGGAGCUCAGUUGUCACUUUAGCUUACUGAGGGUCAAGUGGAUUUAAUUUAUCAUUGUGUGUUUGUCCACAUUGCACAUGUUAUGUGUUACACCAAUUAGCAAUUUUAGUCCAUGGACAUACUGUCUGUGGGAAACCCAACACAUGUAAGCUGAAAUUUGGAGAAGAAGAGGAAAAAAGACUUUUUCUGUUGUUGUUGUUUUUAUUACAAAACAGGAGGACAAUGUGCAAUUACAUUUUUUUUAUACAACCAAAUUAUAAGGGCAGAAUGUCAGCGACAUUGGGUAGGAGACGUAGCUGUUGCAACCUAUUGUUAUAUUUAUAUACCUAACAAAUUUGAAUUCAAUGGUAGAGUAAGUUGGGUAUUAGCAAAAUAAGUUUCUGUAUUAUUUUCUUGUAUAACUUUAAUAUUUUUUAUGAUUUACUCCCUUUGGGGGUGUUGGCUCACACCCCUUUUAAAAUAAAGUACCCUCUGCUUUUUUGUUACAGUUUAUACUGAGUGAUCUUUUUCUUUAUGUUGAUCUUUAAAUAGGAGAAAAUGUCUAAAAUUAGAAUUUUGCUUUCACACAAUAUUUUAUUUUCAUUUUUCCAGUAUUGUUUAUCAUCGUUCAGCUCCCAGGACUUCCAUUAAAAUCUUUUAGGGAUAUCCACAUUUAGUUAUAUAAAACAAUAAAUUAAAUGUACAUAUCCUUACUCUGGACCCAUUGCCCUAAGCCCGCUCCUUCCUGCUGCUUUUCAAUUGUCCCAGGGAUAAUGUAUAGUGAAGGAUUUUUAUUACCUUGCGACUAAAGCUUUAAAAAAAAUAUUGACCUAAAAUUAAAUUUUAAGAUGAUUUUAAGGAUUUAAAAAAAGAUUCGUUCAUGCAUCUAAAAAAACCCCUGGGACUUAUUGGUCAGUAACGCUUCCACAGCAAUAACUUCUUAUCAGCCUACUUCUGGUACAAAUGAACAUUGAACUGAACAUUUUGACUCACUUUCAUAGCCAGGUUAAAGCAGUUGUUUUCUUGUUAGUCUUAAGUCUCAUCAAACUGAAUGUUUCUGUGAAGGUAAUGUUCGACAGGGUGAGUGGACCUCUGCAGAAACAGGAACAAACAUUUUUGCCUCGGUGUGAUCAGGCAGUGGUGAAAUGUGCUUCUCUCUGUGGAAUAAUAUGAUGUGUGAUCAGAUUGUACCUGGCAUCAUUUGGUGUUGAUAAUUGAUUAAUGUGAUGGGGUUUUGACCAAUCUUAGAGAAGUACUUGACACAGGUCUCCCCUUUAUCAACGACAUGACUUUAGAAAAUGGGUUAACAGAUUUUUCCCUCCUCAAUCUAUGUCCAAAAAACUCUUUUAAAGAUAUUAGCUUCUUACGUUCUACUCACUGUCUUAAACAAUCUUAACCUGUGGCCGUCUGUCUGUCUGUCUUCUUCACCUCUUACAUGUUGUUUAAAAUGAUAUAAUAUCAGUAAAACAAGGCAUCACUGUUAAAAUGCGACUCGCUGUUACAUCAUGCUGAGUGGACAAAUUGUUUCCCAACAAACAGUGGGCCUUUACUCGAGCAUUUUGCCCGAGGCAAAUGUAGUUUUUGCCUUUGGCGUGUAAGCAUGGUUCAUGUUUAACUUGUAUUUCACAGUGUCACAUGUGGCGAUCCUUGAUUUUUAUCCCUUGUUUGCUUGCUAUCAAGUUGCUUCUUCGAACAGCUGAUGACACCGCCAUCCAAACUGUGAGGGGAAGCUAAGACCGUUGGCCUCGUUGUUUUCUCGUUUUACCUUUCUUUUUGUCAGCCUGUGAUGCCAGCCGUGGGGCGACUGCGAGCUGUGGGAUGUUUUUUUAUUAUUGAUAGCCAUGUAGGAGUCUUCUAUCUCUCUCUCUAUGCACAUGCAUUAAUAUUUAAUCUGCAGUCAGCUCUUAAAGAUGAGGAGAUGAGGGGAUAUGAAGGGCUGGGGUAUUAAUUGGAGCCCGUGGAGGCCUCAUUGGUGCCUCUGAGUCCCGUCUGCGCUGUCAUGUGUGUGUAUUUGUGUAUGUGUGUGUGUGAGUGUGUGUGGGCAACACAGAGGAUAGGUCAUCUGCAGACAUCCCUGUUCUGUGUGUCUAGGUGAUGGCUAUCAGCCCCUCUUAAAAUUUGCUCUGUUGUAGAUGGGAGAGCAGUGAGGCACACAGACCUGCAGGGUCAAAGAGGUGCACCCUGUGGUUCUGUUUUUAACCCACACAGAAACACAAAGUCAAACAUACACAGUAAGAUGUGUCGGUGUUGUAAGUUUAUUGCGAUGACUGAACUCUGACUACCGCAGUGACUCCUGGCAUUGUUUCCCUGGUUGUUUGUUCUUUCUUUCCGUACUUGUGAACUCAAGAUACCAAAUGAUUUUUUCAUGAUGUUUUUUAAGAUUUGUGACAACCUAACAUUCAUUUAAGUUUUAGAAGAAGAGUUUGUUACAUUAUCCAGUUUUUGACAAUGCUUUUACCUCUUUUUCUUUGUCUUAAACCAAGGUUUCUUUAUACAGUGUAAGGACAGAAAAUCUGCUUUUUUUGGAAUAAAACUUCUGCUACGUGGUCAAAUUACAGGAGAGGAUGAAAAGGUGACACUUUUCUACCAGACCUAUGUGAGGAGUAGAGUGAGAGAUGACAAUAUCAUAUGGAUAACAAAGGAAAAUGCAAAACUGGUGGUCAAAUAUCCUUAUUCAGACACCCAGGUAUCUUCUAUGUGUGCAUCCUCAGCUGCUGCAGUCAUGCUUGUAUGCCUCUGUUUAGCAACAAUUGACUGAUUUGCCUUUAUUACCUCCAAUUUAAAAAGUGCCUAACAUGCUGCACUUAGGGGUGGGUGAGGGGGCACAGCGAGCACUUGGUCCACGGCCUCGGGAAGUGGCGAGGUCUGGGCUGGAGAGUGCUGUAAAGCUGUUUCUGUAAUCGAGGUUGUGAUUUUUCAGCCUUACUUUUGGUUAAAAAUUAAAAAACUGCCAGGAAAUCUCCGGAGCAUGUUGGCUGGCAGCACUCGGCUCAAUACAUUCCUUUUUUAAGAUACACAUACACACAAAGUACACUUGUAAUCGUGGUCUCACAUACAUCUUUUCCCAUAGAGUCUCACUGUGGUUUGUAGCACUUAAGCCUCAACAGCCCCCCAGUUAAUGCCCAUUAAAACCACAGAGGGCCUCCUGUCUGGUCCCAGCUGCCAAAGGAAAGGUCCAAAGCUCCGCUGGGAAGAGGGCAACUGAUGGUUUAUGAAAGAAAAGAAAGGUUCUGCAGAGGUGAAAAGAUGGCAGGGAAUACAAGAUGCUUUUAAAGGAGAUCGAGAUAAGGGCCAUUAGGUGAUGUCGCCUCGCUGUCUGUGUGAAGACGCACCCACUGCUGGCGCCUGGGCUCCGCAGAGCAUGUGUCAAAUCAAAGUCAAAGCGGACUGCAGGGUGAACACCCUCCAGCACGCACCGUCCUCAGCUGCAGCUCAGGGGCACCUGAGGCACCAAUCACAAAGCUCCAGGAGAGCUGUUAUUCCAAAGAGAGGCUCUCUCUGUCUGUGUUUGGGAGAAUAUUAGACUCGUGGGUCAAUUUGUCCAGUGUAGCGUAUCCCUCCUGAUUCUUUUAGAGCUGUUUUAAAAGAGGUUUUACAGUGGAAACUUCAGGGUUACUGCUGUUUCACUAAGCUCAGCCUUUUUUUGGAGGUGAAAGAGUUUACGACAUGAAAAACAGGUCAAAUAUAGCUCCAGUGAUCCGCCUUUUCAGCUCGCGCCUUAACAGGAACUACUCGUGGCUUUGGAUUCUUUCAAGUUUUGCAAGUGUAAUCACUUUAUACAGUUGUGGGCAAGUACUAAUUUCAUUCUGUGCAGCCUCAAUUAGCAGCAAAAGUAUGUGUAAUAAUCUUAAUAAUAAAAUGGUAAUACUAAAUCACUUACUGCUACCUCUACUACUAAUUAUAUGAAUAAUAAUUUCCAGCUGCUUGUUUGAAUUUCAGUCCCUGGAGUUAUCAGUGUGCAUAAGAUACUGAGGAUGGGAUACACUGGUUAAAUUGCAUAGUGAUUUGCUGUGUCUUAUAAAUGAGAGUUGCAGUCAUGUAUAAGUAAGGAAUAGAAAAGCUAUAUUUGACAGCAGACCUUUUGGAUCCAACUCAGUUGGUGUUAGUUUCUCUAUACAGUCACAUUAAUGUUUCUUUAAGUGAAAAGUAGAGAAUGAAGCCGUGUCUGCAGCAGUUUUUCUCUCUGGGCGGCUGCAGUGUUUCUGCAGCGCUGCGUUGUCACCAGCGGUGUGGCUGGGAUGUGUAGAGCAGACGACAGGGGAAGAGUGGCAGGCCAGAGGUGGCAGGUGGCUUCUUGCCACCCGUCCUGGCGUGAUGGUUGCUGUGAUAUUUUGAGGCUGAAUAAUUUACACGGCAACAACACGUCUCCCCUCGCCACUGAGAAAUGUGGCUCCUGGCUGCAUGUUUCAUUAAUGCCGUCGCCUCCAGACCCCCUCCAUAAUUCAGCAGGCACUAGAGAAGCUGCGAUGUGUCGCCACACAGCUCACUGACACCGGGGACACAAGGAAGGAGAUAGAGAGAGAGAGCCGGAUGAAGAGGAGGUGAAAGAUGGGGAGAUAGUACGAAGGGAGUGUAAAAGUGCGAGAAAGACUACAGUUCACUGCUUCUAGCUACUUGUUUCACCACCCUGUCCCAAUUGGCAGAGAGACCUGGCCCACUUUACCAUGUCGCUGGCAGAGGCUGAACAUUGCACCUACCAUGCCUAGAAAGGGCAAUAAAUUAUUCACACUUUGUUGUGCCCUCUUAUGUGCUAAAUACUGCUCAUUGCCAUUUCUGAUGCCUGGGAAUCCUAACUGUGCCCCUUUAGGAUGUCUUGUUCAAGUCUGAAAGUGGUGGGCAACAAAUAAAAUUACUUUUGCCUCACAACUUUUCUGUCUUUUGAGGACAAGUAGAAAACAUAGUUUAUGUUUGGAGGAGUUGUGAGAUCCUGAGAGAAACGUUUAAAGUAAAGGUAACUGUGCUUUGCUCCUAUAAAUGAAUUGUCUCAAAACCUAACUAUCGUUUUCUUGAAUAGCUUAUACUUGAUGUUUGAAAAAACGUUCACCAUAGAGAAAUUUCUUAAUUCUUUGGACUUCUUAUGCCUAAAAGCUCUUAAAAUACAGCUAAAAAUGUAUAUAAAAAAGGUCAGUCAUUUCUCACAUUAGAAACCAAACCAGCAAAAGUAAUUUAGGCAACCAUUACUACUCUGAAAUAUAGUAAUUUGUUUUUUUGUUAAAGUUUUAAAGGUAUCAUAUUAAAAUUAUUUUCCUUCAAACUACAGAGAAAAAUAAAAUGUGUUUUAUGUCAAAGUGUUGUAUUUCAGAAAAACCAUCAUAUAUCAAGAUUGUGAAUUUGAUGUGAAAGUUUGAUUUAGCAAAACUGAUAAUUAACCAAAUGAUGGUUAAUCAGGCUUUAAAUAAUUGAAAAUUUGUUUUUAAUUUUUAAAAUCAUUUUAACUUGUAAUUAUUCAAAGAGUAGUGUGAAAUGAGCUUUUAGAUGGAAAUUUCGAAAGCCCGGCCCUGUCUGCCCGCUAAACACCAGACCUCUGUCAGAUGUUGCCCGUAAAUUAUUCAUGAAGCUGCGCAUGUAUGUAAUUUUUGUGUCUGUAAUUUCUGUGCUGAGUGUCUAACACUCACAUGGCUGAAAGCAUUUGCUGAAGGUGCUAAAGAUACGUUUGAGUGCACAGUGAAACACUUCACACCUGCACCCUGCUGUUUGAGCCAGACCACUCCUCUGACUUCUGUUGUCUACUAUCGGGUUAUUUAAUCAAACCAAAGAAGAGCAGUUUUGUCACGUAGAGAUCUGUAACAUCAAAAUGAGUUACAUAAAAAAGGAUUAAUGUUUUGAAGUCGCAUGGUAGUCAUAUCUUCUGUAUCAUUGACAGGCCCUCAUCUCCACCCAUAGAAAAUAUGAAGCUAAAAUAGUACUUUGAUGGGCAGUGGUGAUGUACUUUGGAGCACAGGCCAGUUGAGCUGUAGGAUUCACGUCAGGCUUUUUUUUAAGAGAUCCUCCAGGUCAGUAUGAGCAGCAGAAAACUGACACUUGGUUAUUGGAAGUUCAAUGGCACUUUAUUUUUUGUCACAUUUCCUCUUAGCUUUCCUCCUUUUUUUUCGCCAAUCCUGUAUAAAAUUCUGCAGUUGCCCACAUUUUUCAUCAGAGCUGUCAAUCAUUUUCAUCAAUAAACUCAUUAAGUCUAGACUUCUCCAAAACAUGAUCACCUGCAGCCAGCAGAAUAAGACUUGACUGCUGGGACGAGAACCAUGUUUGAGCAAAAUGGAGGAAAUGUAAAAAUGUGAUAGUAAUAAUAAUAAUAAUGCAAGUAAUUUAAUAGUACAAUUAUGAUGUAAAAAAAUUCAAUAGAACUUUUGGAACGAACAUUAUACCUUUAAUUACCCCUUUUACAAACACAAACAACCAUAAAGCUCUGAAUAAAAGAGUUUUCUCCUUUGCAAUACUUGUGAAAAACUACGAUCUACUUUACUUGCCAGUGUACGUUCUAGAUAAAUCCGAUAAACCACAUUAGACUGUGAAUAAGCCCUAAAGUAUUGUUUAAGAAAAAGUUAUGCUUUUCAUUUUGAAUAUUUCCAAAAUAAAUCGACAAGUCAACAGCAGAGCACAGUAGCCUACUGCACAACCAGUGUCGUGACUUUCCCGCACCCCAAUUCGUGUUGAUAUUUGCUCUUUUGAGAAAGUUUAAGCUUACAACCAGGUUAAAAAAUGAGAACCAGCUAAUUUAGAUCAGGCAGUUUGUCAAUCCAGAUAAAUCAAGAAAACACAUUGAGUUUGAGGGGAAGUUACCGUUCAGUUCUCACAUUGAAGCCGCUGCCCCCUCCAGUUCAGAGCUGAGCGGGGAUCAGCUUACAGUUUAGACCACUGCCAAAUGCAACACUGACAGUGACUGACACAAAUGCCUACAGAUGAAAAAAAAAGAUGGUUUUAGACUACUGUAAACUUUUUGAAGUAUUGCAGUGUGUAUACUCCACACCAGCACCCUGUCCUGAAUGCUCGGAACGCUAAGAAGAUAUUUGGGUAUCCCAUCAAGCAAGGACAGAAAUGUAACCAUGAUGCUUGAGCCACAGUCAGUGAAGUUGUACAUGUAGGAUACAGUCAUUAUUUCGUAUGAAGAAACUGCCUUUGACUCUUUGUUUACUGGCUGUGUCGCAGUUAUGUUUAUGUUUAGAGCGUUUUUACUCAGCUCGUGGAUUCAGCUCCUUUCUAAGUGCAGCCUGGCAGAUAAUGGCUGAUUUGUUUAGUGGUAGAUCUGCCUAAAGUACAUAACAUGAAUCAUUAAUGCUGCGCUCAGGAUUGCACUGGAAAGCAAUUGAAGGACAAACAGUUUGCUAAGUUGAAGAUGCACGUAAGGGGGGUCCUCGUCGAUGUAACACUGCAUAUUUAGUGACUGUGACAUGUUUUAUUGAUGCAACCGUCCUGCCCUCACUUGCUUUAGGAGGCAACGACCUGACGAAAUCUUCCCCACGCUUCAUUUCCCCGCUAUCACACUGGCAUGCAAGUAACUAUCAGCGCUUUCAUACUGUCUCACUUUCCUUCCUGCUUCUGAUGCUUCUCUCUAUUCUGCACAAAACACACAAAGAAAAAAAGCUGAAUGAAAUAAUUGAGUUUUCUGUCCAUACUGUCGAAAAAAUAAGUGCACUAGCGACAAGAUGUUGUCGAAUACUUCCCAACUUCCCUCCAUCUGGUGGCACCAUCUGCUUUUUGCUCAGGCUUCAUCAGUUGCAACUAUAACCAUGUUGAGAAGUUUUCUGCUGACUCUGAGAAGAACUUCUACUUGACCCUUCUAACACGUUUCCAAUCCAGUGAAGCUGCUCUUUGAUUGUGAAGCCAUGCUUAUUCAAGGAUAUAAUCUGCACAGCACAGACAGUGGAGCCAUGCUAGGAUGAAGGCUUUUAGAUCAAUGUGCCUCCCCGGAGAGCUGCUGACUUUUUGCACCAACAAUAGUGCAGGAACAGUGAUUUUAUUACAGAGGCACUUCAAACCCAUGAGCUCUCUAUCCACUGUUAGCAAAGAAAGAAAGACAAGCUGUAACAAGACAAGCUUGUAAACACUGGGUUGCUGAAUGCUGCCUUUUUUUUUAAUUCAAGCAAUAUGUUUCAUACUUGAAAAGUGUCCAAAUGAGAUACAACAAUAAUUCCUUUUAGGUGCUUGGCAUACUGUUUGCACAUCUAACUGCUGCACAGUCAAUAAGAGUCCUCUUUCAUAAGGAACAAUAAAAUAAAAGCUUCUCCUGGUCGGCAUUGUUUCAUUUUAUCCCUGACUCUUCUUUUUUUAACAGCAUGAAUUCUCUUGUGUCAAUUGAUCAGAUGCUGGACAAGCUGCGAGACCGAUGGACCAACACGGGUCUCUGGGAGAAGCUGGAACUCAAGAAAACGGUGAUCACAGAGCCCCGCGGGGGUGCGAAGGGAGAUUUCGAUGAACUACUUCAGACCUACUAUGAUGCUAUCAAAUACUGCGAGGAAAGAGGUGAGAAAAAAGUGGUGCAUGUGAAUGUAAAGUGCCAUUUGCAUGACUCUCUAUGCUAAAGUGUGCUUGUGCAACCCCAAACAGCCCCUGGUGUGUGAAUGGGAUCAUUCACUGCUGACUGCUGCUUGAUGUAGAGGUCUCUGUCAUCAGUCAGUCUGUUUACAUGUUGUUUAAAAUAACUGAUCUAUUACCGUAGUCCAACUUCUCAUAAUUCGCCUAACACAUCCAGGUAAUAUAGUUGGGGAUUGAGUUUUUCUCCAUGUAAAAAGCUCACUCAGAUUCAGACUAGCCUAAUUUUUUUUCUUUUAGAUGGUGCUCUGCUGAUUGCGGUCUGUAGGGGUAAAGUUAGUGAAGGUCUGGACUUUACAGAUGAUAAUGCCAGAGCCGUGGUGACCAUUGGAAUCCCCUUCCCAAACAUCAAAGAUCUUCAGGUAAGUAAAAUCACAGCAGGCCACAAAUAUGCUGCUCAGACUCUUGCAUGAAUGUUUUUUAUGCACAGGUGUUUUUAGACUCUUUUCAAGGAUGCUGAAGCAGCCCUACAUUUCAUUUCAGCAGCCCUGUCCAAAAUAACUAACAGGCAUGUGCUCAUCUGGGUUUUGUAGUUCAACAGAUACUUAGUCAAUAUAUAGAAUGCAACACUGACAGUAACACCCCCCCCCCCCCCCCACCACCACCACCACCACCACACCGUCCCAUGAUUAUAACAGAGUUACCAGUGGGACCAGAGAGUGUUGCAUAGCCAGUAAGACACUAACACGUAAAAUGAUUAAACAUGACAGAUUAUACAUACUUCUGCACCAGCUAAAGAUGUUAGCCUUCCUUCAUCAAGGGGGUUUAGUGCCUUAGCUAGAGCAAUAACUACCUAAAAUUAGUCACAGCUUGUUAUGAUGUGGCAUCCUAUUUAAUAUUUAUAAUGUUUAAUAUUGAUAAGUAGAGCUCAGAGGUGCAUAAAUCUUACAACAGAGAGUGAGCGGGCCAACAAUUUCACGCCCAGAAUAUCAGAGUUAAUAGGUAGGUAAACACUCAAUUCUAAAGAGAAAUUAGGAUGCAGAGAAAGUCAGAGGUUAAAAAUGUAUAAAGCAGGUUAUUUUAGGUGACGGAAUAUUAAGUUAUAGGCUUCUUACAGGAAUGUUGUUGUAGUGAACAAUAAUAAUAAUAAUAAUAAUAAUGAUAAUAAUGAUAAUAAUAAUAAUGAAAAUACCCUGAUAUUUGAAAUACCCUUAUAAAUUCACUAACUUUGCAAAAACAACGCAUUCAUUUUUCUCUUUCUUGAAAGCUAUGAAAUAUUUUACUUCAUAUAAAAGAAACUCGUCAUAUCAUCCCUCUCUUUAGAGCUGAGCCUUUCUGCAGAUCUGAUACUUAAAAGUGGUCCUGAUGUCUUAAAAAUGUACAGUUUUCACUUCGAAUUUUCAUUUCAGAAUUUCACGUUUUUUUGAUUCAUAAUGCAUGUGCAUGUUUUUGAUGACUAUAUAAUCAAAACCUAACACCCUAGUUGGUACUAGUUUUUCAUCAAACAAAUAGAUUAUGCUUUUACAAAGUGUAUGAUAAUAUCUAAGAACUUAUUAUGAACUUGUGUUUUGCACUAUUUGCCCAGAAAUAUUAGUUGUAGUCAGGACCCAUUCAAUUUACCUGAAACCCACCAAAAUCACACCUGUGGGUUUUAGGCAUUCACUACAUAAAAGACCUUUGAAGUUUUGCAAAAAGAGGAGUUGUAGGUGAGUCAUUAAAUGCACCGAAAUUUAUACUGUUGCCACCACUACAGAAGAAACCAGUGAGACUGACAGAAAAAUGAUUAUUUCUAUGAAGUGCUCUUUAAGGAGAGUUUGGGAGCAGCCCAUCAGUUAAAGUACAUGCUGUUUUGUGGAUAUUUUAGACCAGCAGAUUUCUGCAAACUAAUGUGAGAAUUAGUCAUAAAUGUCACUUCACUUUUCUGAACUUGCUUCCAUUUUUUGUGAUUCAUAUUAAUUUUUUAAACUUUUUUCUCCGAUCAUUAUUUAGUCCAUUUUUGGCUUAAAAUAAUAAACAUUUUAUUUUAGAACAUAGAAAAUCACAACAAAACUGCUAUAACUGAGCUAACCCUGUCAAUCUGAGCCCUCACCUCUGUUGUUCUAUCUUUUACACUUUUAUAAACCCAUUCUUCAUUAACACUUUCUAAAACUUAUCAAGAUAUUCUGAUCAGAUACAAGCUGCUGUCUCUCACAAAAGCCUGAUCAUUAUCACUUGAGCUAUACUCUGCUAUUGUUAAAGCAGCUGGUAUCACGACAAAAGCAGCGUCUGUGAAAUGCACACAUAGCCAAUGUUUUGGCCGAAAGCUAACAUUUUGGAUAGCGUGAACACAAAAACUUAACUCACAGAUACACUCAUGCACACACACACACCAAAUGAGAGCGUCUCUUUUUGGUGAUCCGUAAAAAAAAUCCCAGAGCGAUGUUGCUGUGUCUGCCCUGUCCUUAGCAGAUAAAGUUGACCUUUAAGUUUGACUCUCUCCCUGCCUCCCGCCUCUCCUCCCCUUCACUCCUGCUGUCAGAGCACGACGGAGCUUUCACUAACCUGAUCUGUCAGUGUGGGCAGACGUGUGGGUGAUUGAAGCUUCCCAGACCCUUUCACCUUAGCCAAAGCUGUCAGCUUCCCCACUGUCAGCUCUCAGGACAUCGCUUCUUCUUAAUCAGAUUUAUUUUCUCCACUUCUCUUUGUUUUGGCCUUGAUUUGGGGUGCACUCAAGUCUGCUGCAGAUAGAAGUUCUUCCUGCUUUCAAUUUGCUGUUUGGGCUGAUAAUAGAACUGAGCAAAAAGUCUGGUAGUUUGGAGUAUUUUGUGUUGAUAGCAAAAGUCAAAGGAAUGUACACAGCCAAAAAUCUCAAACACAUAAAAAAACCUUUCGGAGGGUAGUCUCAGGAGGAAGGAUAUGACAGAAGAAGCAUGCUGUGAAAGUCGCAGUGUAAUGUUUUCAACAUGAAUAUGGUCAAAGCCAUAUUGACCUACACUGGGAUUUUUUGCAUUUAUUUCCAUGAUACCUGUAAACAAAUGGAUAUGCAGACAUCCUCCCAGUUCACAUCUUGAAAAAUAGUCAUUAUGAUGUGAGGCUCUUUCAGGUUUAGACUGGCUGUAUGAUAAAAGACUUAAUCACCCCAUCCAACCUGUGUGGUGGGAAUUUUACCAAAUUUAUCCUGCUACCCUGACGCUCUCAGUUUUUUUGAUCAUGGUUAACCCCAACCAUCAUAGUCCACAUACAGCCUAAACAAUAAUUGUGCUUAACUUGUCGUCAGUAGAAGGUUGAGCAAAUGCAUCAGCAAGCAAUUAACCAUGCUUCAGUUGGGCUUGAAUGAUAAAACUUAGUUCUCAUAAACAAGACCCAGUACAGUUACCAACAAAUGCUACCCCAUGACCUAAAUUUACAUGUAUUUUUCCUGCUUUACAAGUAUUAUGUCAAUCAAAACAAGUCUUAUGUUUCAUAUACUUCGCACCAUACAGUUUUAAUGCCAUCAAGAAAGUGAAAUUUGAAAAAAUAAGGACUGUCAAAAAGCAUUAAUUUGUUACAGGGAGGGUAAUGCACAGAAAAAGAAAAGCCAAAUAAUUUUACUCUGACUUCAUUUGCCAUUGACCAUAAAAGCACUCUCUGCAGCUUUAUUAAUGUGAUGGUAACGUAUGGAGGGGACUGAUGGGGCACAAAGUGAUUCAAGUAGUUUGUGAAAGAACACUUAUAUGAGGUAGGGCAGGUGUUAAUGCAAACUGAAUAAGUUUUCUUGUCAUGGCGCUCCUCAACAAAGUUGUUAAUACAGUAGAUUUAAAUCAUCAAGCAUAGAGCCUGUAAUUAAGGUAAUUCCCAUACACACUCAUGAGCCGUUCAUAUUGUAGACAUGUGCCUCCACAUGCACAGUCCGCUCUGCAAUCAACUUACCCUUGAUGAGUAACAAAUAUUGAUUCUUACAAAGCUUUUUUAUUUGCUUCAGCUGAAUGAGCCAAAGCAAAUCAGGCAAGAACUUUCAGGUUUGACUCAUCUAAAAGACACAAUAACCAACUAAACACAAAAUGACAUUUAUGAAAUUUACAUCAGUUACCAAAAAAGUGAAUGAAAGUCAGUUUCUAGUGUCCUAAAAAUAAUGUUUCAGUGUAACUCUUCUGUGUCAAACUUAUAUGAAAAUGUGCCUGUUGUAGAAUAAAACAGGAGCUGGGUGGAGCAGAGCACCAAGAGGAGGUUUCAGGGAGCCAGAGCUAGUUAAGGAGAAGGUAGAGCUGGCCGAGCGUAAAGAGACUGCAUUCCUAAUGACAGAUUCUGUUCUCCACAUCAACAGUCUUUGUUUGUUUGCUACAAGUGCUGCAAUCCUCAGAGAGUCCGCCGUCUCCUGCCACAUCCUUUCAUAAUCUUGCAGUAAGAUCAAGGAAGGCUGAAGGCGAAGGCAGAUGAUAUGAAUUUGUCAUGUAUUUUAAAGUCACAUCAGAACCUUGAAUGUUUGUCAAGAUUGUGAGUUUUGCUUCUCAUUUUAGAGACCUAAAAAAGAUAUAAGAAGAAGAAGAGAAAAAGAUGGUGUAUUAUAGGAAAAGUAAAGGUGUGGGACUGGAAGUGUAAACAAAAGUAACGUCACACUGUGUGGCUUUACUUUAGACUCUGAGUCUAGUGUUAAUGUCGAUGUUUAAAAGAGACAUCCCACAGCUUGUGCACUCCAGAUGAUGAGCAAGGUUUAUGAGCAAGGGGGGGGGGGUCGUUCCUAGCACCACUAAAAGUAUGGAUUUUAAAUUGUGUUCUUUCCAGUUGCAGCAAAAAAAAAAAACUUUCUAAUUUUUGGCUCAUUUGUGUUUUCUACGCUGUCAAAUUUAUAAUCUAUUGAACCACUAGCUAAUAUUCAAUACUCAUGCCUAAUAUUAUGAGUAAUUUGAAUGACCACUGAGAGUAAAUUUGAUCUAUUAAAUUGAUACUGUAGUAUCAUUUUCAUCACUGCACGUUUUUUCUGCUCCAUUUUGGAUCUUUAUCAGAGGCUUUCCAGUUUUUGGAAGUUAGUUUCUCUGUUCCCUCUCAGACUCGCUCUUCUGUGGCACCAAAAAUACACGUCUGUUUGAAGUUUUUUAAAUCUUAAUUCUGCUUCUGAAAAAGUUUCAUCCAGACAAAACACCAGCAGCUGUAUUGCGUCUUAUUAAAACAGUGUUAAAGUUCAUUUCCCCUUGAACACAUUUUCACCUCCAUUAAUGCUUCACAAUAACACCUGAUCACAUUCACACCAUAUGUCUCCAGCUGAAACCAGCACACUUACACAUGUGCGUGACAUGUUCAUACAUUGACACUUCCAUGCACUAGUGCUAACAUGUGCACAUUCUCCUAAGAGCACACAUGGACCCAGACAUAUUAAUUCAUUCACUCUACGCUGCACUCACACGGCAGCACCCCAUUGCUAGGAUAAGAGGUGUGCGCCCAGCUUCUCUCCAUUUAAGUUGCUCCAGCAUUUUAGAUGGCUGCACGGCCUGCAUUCCCAGACAGGCAUAACUCUCUGACGCUCCAGCCUAAGCACAUAGCAUGGCUUUUUACAGGCCUGUUGUGUUAUUGUGACAAAGAUCAAAGGUUGAACUUGAAAAGUCCUCUGCAGAGAAAGCUCUGCUAAAGCUGGAAUUACAUUUACGUUGAGUAUUUUUUUUUCUUUGCAAUCACAUGUUUUACAGUUAACAGUCACGUCCUGCGUGAGUGAGUCGAACAAUAAGCGGCUUUAACAAGCAAUAAAAAGACACUUACAACUGAUAAAGCAUCUCUCGAAGUUUAAUGACAGGCUCAGCCGACCUCUCUCUGCUGCUCUUUAUUAAGGACAACCACGAAAGAAGUUUAAUUCGAAGGCCUGUGAGCACGUAAAAUGGAUGGAUAAAGGGGAUUUUAGAGGAAUGUUGGAGAGUUUAUGGGAAUCAUCAAAAAAAGAGGGGUGAUGGAUGCUCCAGGCUUACUCAGGACACUCCACAUGGCUUUUUCAUCAGCCACUGAAGGAGAGCUAUAAAGUACAUGAUCCACACUUGUUCACUCCUUGUCAGCACCACAGGCUGGACUUAAAUAGACAUCUGAGUUGACAUUCUUCUUUGUUGAUGGACCAUCAACCCUUUAUUUACGCAAACAACAUGUCGACAUUUUCACACCAUUCAUUACUAUGCCAGGUACUGUUUAAAAUUGUUAGCAAACAUGACAAAGUUGUCACAUUCAGUCCCAAAACAGAAGUUAACAUUUUUUGGGGGGUAGGAAUUUUAACUUUGUUUUUUUAUUUACAAAGUGAGCCACAGAUUAGAUGUGAAGGUCUUUGAUCAACAUGACUGCGAAUCUAGUCAGGUAUUCAGUGCCAGCUUUCUGUCCCCUGCUGAAUUUCACUACCUGACCGUAAAAAGGAGUGCUUGAGCUGCACCUAAGCCCCCUUAAAGGAAUUGUCUGUUUUUGUGUGUGUUUUAGUAGUGUGUGUAUGACCCCCAAAGGGAUCCUUGUCAGUUUAAGCUACUUUACAGUUGUGCCGAUUUUUAGGCCAAUUCCCUCCUUCUGAAGAAGUCUGCAAAGGCCCGACUAUUUGAUGGUUCUGAAGAUUAUCUUGCCAGAUUAGCCUGUGGUGUGUCGAGAGUGUUUUUUCUUCCUUUCAAUCUCUAUGGAAGAUGAUCAGAGUUGCCCAAACUUGAAACUGUAAAUAACGAACAUUUUCAAUACUUAGAAUCAGAAAACCUCUUGUGUGAAAAAGAACACAAAGAAUGGCCGAGCAUGCACUCUAUCCAAUGUCACGCACAACAGUUUGAUUGUCAGUUUUGAUGAAGGUUGUACAACAAAUGUAGCGAUGGCAAUGGUAGUGAAUGGAAAGCAUAAACUUAGAUGUGCAACAGAAAUUUUGUAACCACUUGCUGAUACAGGGCCACAACACAAGUGUUUAGUACAUGUGUUUGGUAAAACAUUCAACAACCAACUGGACAAGAGCAGGAGUUGAAAAGGAAUUAGUACUGCAAUCAACGCACCAGGAACCUAAGCACCUAGCAACAGUCAGCUCCUGUAGUCUGCCAUGUUUAAAACUCUCAAGUCACUUUUGACCAGAUGAGAUUUUAUGAGAAAUUUCCAGUUUUGAGAGUCUGAUGAUGAAAAGAGUCUUUGUGUGUGGUGUGCUGGGUUCACCAUAUUGUAGCACACUAAACACUGUAGGCACAAAACUGUUAAGUCUGUCAUCAUUGCUUAGUAAGUAAAGUUUAUUAGAUAUAGCACCUUUAACAGAGAAGAGUCAAAAAGGGCUUCACAAAAUAGCAACAAAAUGAGAACAACAACACUAAAGGGUGGGGUCUGACACUUUCAAAAUCAAUUUUAAUACCUUUUAGUGUAAUGAGAAAUGAGAGGAGAUGAGAAACCAGGUGAAGAAUGGAAAUGAGGUUAUCAGCAGCUGCAGAUGAGAUCAAUUUUAUCAUAAGAUGCACUACAUGCCUUGUGCUUUAUACUUGUGCUUUAGAGUGUCUCCAUGGCUCUGCAUUGCCCUGCCUAUGUGCAAAUGGCAGUGCGAUUUCUAUGCCAGUCAUAUCUCCAGUUUCCAGUUCUGCUUCGUUCUCUGCAUGCUUGAAUCCGCAGCAGCUGAAUCUGAGUGUGUCAUGUUGCGGUUGGAGCUGGUAAUUGUUUAGUGGCACUUAGUCAUACUGCAGUUUAUGCAAAAAAAUAAGAGAGGAGACAUUGAAGGAGAUGUAAUGUACAGUCAUUGUACAGCAAUACUUGGAGUGUUGAAAAAUUCAGGGAAUAUGGUGCUAUCAAACUAGAUUCUUCCUGCUGCGUUAAUGAGUUCUACUGUCGUGUCUUUUUUCACUAUCUCUUACUUUGCUUUUUGCAGCUUUAACUUUUUUUGUAAAAUCUUGGAACAAGUUUUAUUAAGUAUCUUGGUGCAAAUGAAGAAUGAAACAAUGAAAGACAAAGUUAGAUUCAGUUUGGAGUUUGGUGUGAGUGGAUCUUUGUGCACGUUGGAAAGCAGUGUGAUACUCUAAUGCCCUUGUUAGUGUGUGUGUGUCUGUGUGUGUGCAGCAAAUGCGCACGCCCACACAGACACUGUUUUCAAGACGAGCCACUCAGCUGUCAGCUAGGCCUUAUGUGGCAGAUGAGGCGCUCAGCAAUCUCAGUGACAGGCACAAGAUGUCCCGGACUGCCAGGGGCGUGCACACUGACACUGACGCAAACACAAACACACACACACAUACACAUACAAACACACACACACAGCCUGUGUAAAAUGUAGCUCAAACAGAUGCGCUCAGCUGCGAAUCAUGCCUACUGGUCAAAUAUAUGUUUUUAGGGAUGAACAGGUAGCUGUAGAGGACAAGGCCAAAGCAAGCGAGUGAUCUCUUGACAUUUUAACUAAUCCCUUCUAGCUUGUGGUUUCUUGCACAUUUGUGAGACUUGCUAGCAGCCAGAAUUGGCUUUUUCACAUAUGCAACCUGUCAUGUUAGAUCGAAGGAUGACAUGGUACAGAGCCGGGACGUGAUGGCUUGAACGCUGAAGUGGACUGUGAUUGGAUUUAGAUGACACUGCCGGCUCCAGGCUACUGGCCUUUCUGCUCGAGCUGUGUGUUUAGAAGUAGAUUCUUAAACUGCUCUGGUGUCUCAUACAUUGGCAAACAUCGCACCAUGAAGCCAGCAGCGUUAACAAUCCUCCUCGUGACAGGGCUGUGGGGGUGGCCUAUCAUUGUUAACCUGCUGUAUUGUCUUAUUUGCACAUCUAAAACCUUAAACCUCCCAUGAUUCAAACUAUAAGAGUCUUCUGGAGUGUGUAAACAUUCCCAGGUGUUCCUCUGUUGUUUGUAUGCUUCUUAGGUAAGGUGUUAUUAGUCAUAGUCCAAGUUUGGGGCGACAUUUAGGAUUUCCUGUGACUCUGCUUGUUUGUUUAUGCCCAGACAGGCCACAGUGGCAUUGCGUGAUGCGCGUGAGGGAGCAGGCUGUACCUGCCACUGCCCCCGUGUUUGGUGGCUCAGGGCGAACACACGGUACCUGUCAAAAGCAGUUAAAGCCCUGUUCAGCAGGCUGCCUUGCAUGGCAUCCCGUCAGACGCCAGCUGAACUUUUCACUUGUCAAUUCUGAAAGGUUAGCGCUAAAAUCAGCAGCGACAGAUGCAAAUGGAUGGAUGCUUUCCUGGCAUUUUUGUGCAGGGAUGCUUCAUGUCACCUAGACCACCUUGUCUGCCCCCUUCUACCCCCACCACUCUGUCAUUGCCUCUGUUUAGCCCUUCUGUUCUACUUUCAGAACACAUCUGUCUGCAGGGGCAGCCAGGGCCGACCCCUUUAGGUCCUCAGUAGUAUUUGUUUGGGGUUUACUUUGUCCUAGAUCCGUCAUCCCCUUAUUUUCUUGUUGUUCAAGAUUAAUCCAACUAAUUCGCUAUUAUGGACAUAAAUGAAACCUUCUUUGCCAGGUACAGCCAGGCGUGUGGCAGUAAAGAGUUUUUAGGUGACAAAUGAUCCUUUUUUAAAAGCUGCUCUGGGAUCAUCUUUAUUUUUCAUUAUAAAAAUCUACUUAAAACUGUUCUUCUCCAACUUUUAAGACUGUCUGAGAAACAAGUUUUGAAGCCUAUGUAUCAGAAAACACGAAGCUCUCUCUCUCAGUAGAGUUGGUUUAGAAAAUGUGUUGGAAUUGCAAGAUGUUUUAUCUCAGGCGAUACAUGGAAACAAAUGCAAUGAUAAAGAAAAAGUGUGUGAAAAUUUUACAGUUAGCUUUGUUGUUCAUGUAAUGGGAUGCCUGGGUCAUCUUGGCUUAUUUCUGGUGUUUUUUUUGUCAGUUUUCAUGUUUAUCUGGUAUUUAUGAUGGUGAGUAAAUCCACAGACACCAACCUUGAAAGGUGAUACAAUGAACACACUGAAAUGUUUGCCAUCAUCAGGAUUUGAUGUCAAAUACUCAACACGUUGACCCAACAUAACUGCUCUGCAGACAUACAGGUCCCUCAAACAAACUUCCUCAGAAGAUUAAUAUCCGGCCACUGAGCCGAAGCAGGAGCAGGGGAGUGGAGACUCACUAAUACAGCGAAUCGAAACAUUUUACUUUCUUUAAAUGAUGGGAUGAUGUAUUUAAAUAUCCCUGAGGGGAAAAUAGUCUUUGACAACAGUGAACAAACGUAGAGUUCAGUGCAAAUUAGUUUUACAUGAAAGUAAGCAAUGCACAAGACAGCAACCAUAAAACAGAUAAUAAUGAUGAAGAAUAAGUUCAAUCAAUAUGCACAAUCAUGUCAAACUUUCAAUAUGGUCGCUGUCUCUCUGAGCCUGCCUGCACACAGAUAAUUAACAUAAGAGGACAGGUGUGAUUUACCAUCAAAGUGUACGCUCAGAUAUUAGCAUGAAAGCACCUGCUCAAUGAUCAAAGAGUCAUGGGUUUUUUCAGGGGUAAAAUCAACCAGCAAUCCUUUAACAAAAUCACUUUUAAUGGCAAAAAGUUUCGAAUCAAAAGAUCCCUGGACACCUCCCCAAAACAGCAGGCCUUAGCUUUGUUCUUUUUUCCAUUAUUUAGAGAUUCCACACAUUUAUCCACCAGGGUUAAUCAAAUUAGAAAGAGGAUCUCUCUUUAACCGACUGAAAAUUUGAGCAGAACAAGACUCAUGAUGAACAACCAUCUGCAACAAACUUAAGUCUCCCCACAGCUAAACUCUUGCCCUAGCAUAAUACCUAAUGUGGUGUUAUCACAUCCAGUAAGUGGAAGUGAUAUAAAUGCACACAAUGUAAACCUUUUUCCACAAAAUAUUAAAGGAGAGAAUUGUCUGAAGUCUAGGCAUGGGGAUGUUAGAAGAUGAUUGUCACAAACUAUUUUUAUUCUUUUUUUCUGGAUUCAUGCAGAUUUAAAAAAAAAUUAACUUAAAAAAUCUCAAACUAGAUUUUUAAAAGUCAAGGUCAUUAAAUAUGAAGUCUUACUUUUACUUGUAAGAGGUCUUUAAUUUGAAAUAAAUCACGCUGGCUGUCUCGGUGUCUUAAAAUGGCUUUUCUGCAUUGAUUUCAUUGAGCUCAUGAAAUUCAAUCUUUUACCUCCAAAUUUAGAAGUUCAACUGCCAGAGAGCUUGAAAAUAUCUCAUCAUAUCCUGAUGGUGCACAAAAAAGCAAUUGUGCAAGGUAUUUGAUUUUAAUAAAAAUUUCAGCAGGAACUGACAUCCAUGUACGAAUGCCUGAAAUAAUAAUCAUUCAAAAAUUCCUGUAAAGUUGGGAUGCUGAUUAAAAAGUUGAUGGAAUCUGAUUUUGAUUUUAUAUCCUAUUGAAAAUUAGUGAAAGACGACACUGGAAAUUGAAGAAUUUUGACGUUUUAUAAAAAGAACAUAAGGAUUUUGAAACAGAUGCCAUCAACACCUGUUGGAGAAGUAGGAACAUCAGUAUGCUAACCACUGUGUUGCAUCUCUUUAUAACAACACUCUGUAAACAUAUGCGAAAAGAGUAAGCUGGUUGUGAGCAAUGUCAAGCUGAUUGUAGACCAUCAGUAUGUUUAAGAAGCUGCUUUAGUGUCAAAUUUGUUGCACCAGACCUGGAACUCUCAGAGCAGAAAAUGUUUCAGCUUCUAUUUUAGAUAGAAAACACAGUUUGAAAUUAUGUAGGGAGCUUUUCUAUAACUUUUUUUGUAUGUGUAUGUGAAAAAUUUCGGUCCGGAAUAUUCCAGGUUGUAAUCCUUGUUUUAGGUAGACAUUUUACUGCACGAUAGACAUACCCAAUGAACAGUGUGUGAGGGAGUGGACCACCUUCUCUUUGAGCUGUCAGAAAACCAAAUUUGAAAAGUAACUUUUAAAAAGUAGGAAUCGUUUAUUUCCUCAAGCUGUCCAUCUUUACUUAAGAUCUUUUUAUGCGUAUUGAAAACAUAAAUAGAUAAACAGUUAACCAGUGAUAACUCUAUAACCAUGUGUGACUAUGUAAUCCCAUAUACUGAUACAUUUAGUGUGUCCCUAAAACACUUACCCAUCUGUUUACUCACCUGUGCUUUCAGGUGGAACAGAAGAUGAAGUACAAUGAUCAGCACUGCAAAUCCAGAGGCCUUCUUUCAGGCCAUCGCUGGUAUGAGAUCCAGGCCUACAGAGCUCUAAACCAGGCCCUGGGGAGGUAAAUCUGUCCUCUACAAAGUGCAGGAUGUGAAUCUGAUCUCUGCCUUUCAUGCUGAAACCUUUAAACCUUUCUUUUAAAGAUGCAUCCGCCACAGGAACGACUGGGGCGCCCUGAUUUUAGUGGAUGACCGGUACAAGAAUAAUCCCAAUAAGUACAUCACAGGUACUCAGAACUGUUUCUCAGACUGCACAGCCUCUCAGCUUGAACACUAGAUGGCAAUAGUUAUCCACUGUAAGACUGUUGACGGUGUUGUUCUCUGUUUGAUGUGUGUGUGUGUGUCUGUGUUUGAUGUGUGUGUUUGUUUGAUCCCUAGGUCUGUCUAAAUGGGUCCGCCAGCUCGUCCAGCAUCAUGACACUUUCAGCGACGCCAUGCAGUCUCUUGUAGCGUUCUCUCAGCUACAGUCAAAGACAGAGGUGGUUCCUGCAGGCAGUCAGACCUCCAGCUCUACAGCCCACUCAUCUCCAAACGGUCACUUGGCUGUACCUGUUGAGGAUCAGAGCUUAACCACGACCUCAGAAUCUCAAACACCUAGCUCUCAUGCCAAGCUGCCUGAACCCCUGAGCCCCUCAAACGUCAGUUUUUUCUCCCAUACACAAUUAAAGGCUGAACAAAAAGAAAAAGCAGGUGAGCUGUAGAAUAUAAUCAAUAUUUUUACAACAGUGUGUCUUUGGGACUCGCAUUUGACUGAGGUCCCAAGCUAGGUGCCAGAUCAUGAAAAAAAAAAAAAUGUAAAUUGCCCAGCUUCAGCAAUUCGUAAUGAGUGAUAAAACUGAAUUUUAGGAGAAUGCAAAAUGAAACGCAUCCUGUACAGGACAAGAUCAGCAGAGGGAUAAAAUUGUACUGCUUUUCACAGGAUGCACCAAAAUCAACACAAACUGAAAGUUCUUCAUGAAAGUUUAAACCAAAAUUACAUUGAAAAUACAUAAAAAAAUAAAAUGUGAGUCACUCAUACAGAUCUAUCCCAAAGUCCAGAGUAUAGUUUGUAAAAUGCUGUCUGUUUUUUUGAGGUCUGCAUUUAAAAAACAAAACAAAAAAAACUUAUUUUUGUGUGUGAUGAUUUUCAGUGUGAUCAACAAAGUUUAGUUCCUGUGCAGCUAUGCAGCCCUGUAAAGUACCACCUGUUUUCAUCAUGUGGGGUUUGUAAUCCCUCCAGCUCAUGAUUACUCCGUACUCGAGCUCAGGCUACAGUGGCGUUGACAUUUGCGAGGCACUGCUGUGGCCUGUUUACAUGAGUUCAAGCCAUCACUUCAGCUUGUCAUUUGUUCCCUUAAAUUGAGGAGUCUUUUUGAUCUCUUUUUGAUUGGAUAAUUCUCACAAUUUUUGUACUGCAUAGUGACUUCAUUAGCAGUCAUUGCAAAGCUUUGGGUUUGAUUGUAGAGACGUAUCCUGGGUCAAAUCCUCACACUGCUUUAAAUACAGUGUAUUUUUGCAUGGUAAAGAGGAUAUAGCUGGUGUCUUAAAGUGGAAAAAGUUAUGAAAAGAGCAGCUGUAACACUAAAUUUUAUGGCCAUAGAAAAGGAUGUUAAGUGGAUGUUAAUGUUCUGAAGUGGGUAAAGGUCUGCUCAGUCAAUUUGUCAAGGUUUAAGGUUUCUGCAGGUUUGAAGUGUACUAUGUCUUUGACUGUUUGGAAUCUAUGGUCCUUUUCUCCCUGCAUUUCUGAUGCUUUAUGAGCAGCUGUGUUUUCAAAAGACAGCGAUCUAAAAGACGCAUGUCUUUUUUUGUUGCCAAAGAAUGUAAGAGCAUGACAUCACCACAAGAAAUGAUGCCGGGGUGACGUGUUUGCACACCGUUAUGGUGAGCACCCAUUGUCUUUGGGGUCACGACAGGGUUGAGCAGUUGAAUAUGCUGAGGUGGAGAGGGGUCGGAUGGAGCAGCAGCAGUAGAAGCACACCCCUCCACCACGGCCCCACCCCUCACAGUUGUGGAGGUUGGGUGUUGGGGGUGGGGGCCAUGGAUCAGUUGAGUGGCUUGCCUCAUUACUGUAAGGUUUUUGCGUGCCCGAGUGGUGCUGGAGCGAGCUGAUGAGCAGAUGUUGGACUGUUGCUUUUAAUUAAAUCCACUUGACCUUUGUUUGGGUGAUAUUGAGCGUAAGCUCACAAUUAUAUCUUUAUUUGGAAAACAGCCUUGGCAGCAAUGCUACUUUGCAUACCAGUGUCACCUUAUGGUGAGCCACUUUAUGACUCUUAAAGGCUCUUCUGAUUCUGUUUAUCUUAGUCUUAUUCAUACAGUAUUAAGAAUCUUAGAGAAUUAGAAAUAAGAAAUAAAUUUAGAAAUAGAGAAGUUUUGUUGGGUUAAGGCUUUUCCUGGUUUCUCUAUGUGUACCUGUUGGAUGAUUUGGUCCACUGUGAAAAUAUCUUUGUUAUACUCGCAAUUGACAGCACAAGACAGACUUAAUUACCAUGAUUAAGUAAUUAAAGUUCUUGAAUUUACACAUAAUUAAAAACAAGGUAUAAAUGGAUGUACCAGAGGUAGGAAAACACACAGAAAUCGCUCAAAAAAAGUAAAAUUUAGUUGAAAUGACUUAACAGGAAUCUUAGGGUCCGAGGGUAAAUGAUGUCAGUCCACCAUCUUUCAGUCCUCCUUGCAGGUUAACUUUAAACAGUACAUGCCUGUGCUGGAUGCAGUUCUCUUGUCAAGUGGUUAUAUACCAGUUUAAGCAGACACAGCUCACACACAACUUCAUCUCAUUUUUCUAGAUCAAAAUACUGCCAAACUGUGCCAUACAAUAAGAUGCUCUCUGCCAUCUGUGCCAUUUUACAUUGGGGUAGUAUGGAGCUCUAUCAUUGAGACAGUAACCAUUAACCUGAGCUAGAGUCCCGGCUUGUGAAGGGGAGCUGAUUAUGCGAGUCAUUUUGGGCCAACCUUAUCUGCUUCAUUCUUUGUUUAUGUCAGGCAGUAUGUCAAAUGUGAUCUUAGUAUUAACUGUAGUUAUGUUUUUAUUGUCAAUUUUUCUGACUGAUUUCGAUGACGAUUUUUUUCUUCUUGUAAAUUUGAUGUAUUUACUUUCAUGUAGAGCUUUCAGCCCUGCUCUUUAGGGGGUUAUGCUGCAUCCAUUUCUCACAAGUGCCACAUAUUUCAGAGGCAUUUCAAAUUGCUGUCAAUUUCUUCAUCAUUCAAAUAGCUAAUAGCCGACACAUAAUACGGUUUGGAUCUUGUUUAGCAGUGCAAAAGGAGCUUUGCCUAGUUUUGGCUGUUUUAUGAAUAGUCUCCUAUGUAUAGACUAGUCCAAAUUCAAAUUCAGUUUUAACGACAGGGAGAUUUGUUGCAAAGACUAUCAUAGGGGAUAAAGGGUAACUUUUUCUGGUAUUCCUAAUGGUAAAGCACUUUAUUAUUACUUAGGAGCAUUCACUUUACAUUGAAGUUAAAGUGUUGAUAACAAGAAGGGACCUCCAAGCAAUGUUAACUGUCGAAUAAAGUGGAAGUUGAGACCAUUUUUUAAAUGACUAUAGCUGUUAAGAUGAACAAUUAUGAGAUGCAUCAGCUGCCUCCUCUAAUUUAAACAAAAGUGACACUAAAUAAUGGAAAAACCUGGAAAAUACUGAUAGUCAAAUGCACCAGUGUGCGGCUUAAACCAAGCAGAAGUAAAAAAAGAAAAAAAAAGGGUGUCCACCUCUAAAGUCAUGAGAAAUAGUCUGAGCAGUAAAAUCAGCUGUUUUGAACGAGGCCUUUUUUUAAUGGCUUUUUUUCCACUCAGUUUUUGAUGAUGCUUGGUAGGACUUGGUAGGACUCAGUUAUGAUACAUAUAUGCAUCUUUUCUCUCCAAACCAGAUUUGGUAGCCUUCAGGUUUUUUUCUCUCUUGUCUUGAAUAACAAGCUUUGAUCAUGUUAAUAGUUACACUCAUAACUUUUGUUGUUGUUUUUUUUUUUUGUUGCAGAGAGUUUGCAGAUGAUAAACAGCCCCCCAGCAGAGCCCCCAUCUCAUCAAAAGAGCAAAGCCCAGCCUCUGUACAGCAUUUUUACCUCCACCCCCAUCAACAACCGCUUCAAGAAGCCAAUCUUCAAAGAAAAAACACCCCAUAACUCUGACCAACACUUGGAAACAUCAAAUCAUUCAGAGCACAAGGAGAGCCUGCAGAUCUCUGAGGCUGCUUUUCUUAAACAGGAGGCACCAGCAUGCUCCAGCAAAACCAAAGUGGAGCCAAAAUUUCAGUCUGUAGAGUCCCCCCCCAGCUUGGAAAGCGAGCUGCCAAAUACUGCAGACUCAGAUGGAGAUGACGAGGACCAGACAAUUUAUUUCACUCCAGAGCUUUUUGAGGAGGAAGAAAAUGGAGGCAGUCCACUGAAAGAGAUAGAGGUGAAGACACCACAGAAGAUGGAGAGCGCUGCUGUGCUGUCAGAGGGACCUUGUUGCUCUGAGCAGGUCCAAGAGCGGGAGCAGACUGUGGUUUUGAACGAGCAGAAUACAAGUUCAGUCAGAAAGGAGAGCACAGGGCUGCCACAGGGACAAAAAAAAGAAAUAAUGAAGGCGACACGAGGUGAGGAAGAAGAGCAGGUAGAAAAUCAGAGCAGUCAGAAAGAGAAUAAGCUUCAAAGACUUUCCCGCUCCAGGCAGAGAGCUCCCUUCAAUCUUGCAGGUAACCGAUGACAUAGUAAUAAGAAGUGUUAUCAAAGAAAGCAUAAUAUCUUUCGUGCAAAUAAAGUGCAAAAGACAAAUUCACUGCAUAUAACAUUGCAAAAGAGUUCUUAUCAUCAUUGUAAACCUCUUAUAAUUUCAGUACAUAAUUCUUAAUCCAUUCUGCCCAUUUCUGCCAUUUUUUAUGUUUGAUUAAAGGCUGCUUGUUUGGCAGAGUUUCAUAAACACUAAGACCAAGCUUAUACUACUUUAUCUUUGCUUAGAAACAGCAUUUUAGAACUAUUACUAUCUCCUUCAAAUAUAUCAGAGACCUGACAGCACUUAUCUCAAGUUCAUGUAUAUACAGUAAGUAUCUGCAGGUCUUAAACAGGCACUGAUUCUCUCACAGACUCUGUUGGGCUGUUUACUGCACUGCACACUGGUAUUGCUCAGCGCACAGCUUCCUCUUCUGUAGGAGACUUGACUCUUACAAACCUUCAUGACAUGUCAGCAAACUUCUGAUCCAUUUACUACAAUAAAAUCACAAGAAAAUUGGCAUCUUUUUGGGGUCCACUCCACUGAAGUAUUUCACUAUUAAUAGUGAAGCGGAGACUCACCAAAAACAGAUAAAUGGGUGCUCCUCUGUAGGAUAUAAUCAACCAGGAAAUUAAGGAAUUUAACUUGCUGAAUACGGUAAGGUGAAAUUUUACUUAGUCUUCGAUUGAAGCACACAGUUUCUACCUAGGCUGCUAAUAGGUUGGUAACAAUAAAGUGCAUUGAAAAGAAAGUCUUUGGUAGAAUUCAUUUAUUUCCAACCCCUGGCUUUACUGGAAUGUCAAAAACGUGUGUUAUCAUUUCCUGAGGCAGAAAUUUUUGUCAUUAUUGGGAUUUAGGCAAACUAAGUCACACUGAUCAGGUUUCACAUCAUGAACUCCAGAAUGGCACAAUAUUGGUGUCUGAGUGCGUUAUUUCAUUGCGCAUUAUGGCACUUUAGAAGCUUGAUAGGAACAGUAUGUUAAUACACAAUCAGAGCUCGUCCACACACACACAUGCACACAGCAUUGUUCUAACCUGCUGAUCUCAGCGCUACACAUUGCCAACACUUUCCAUCCCUUGUGUCUUUGUUUUUGAAUGUCUUUACAUGGUGGAGGGCCAACCCGAGCAGAUUCUUGUUCUUGAAACUAGAUUUUUUUCUUCUGCCUGUCAUGGAAGGGUUCAUGCUACAUCUCAAAGAAAUGUCUGCUUGUACACAUUAAAAUGCAACCUAGACUUAUCAAGCUUACAAAACUGAAGCACCACAGGACUUGUAGGGGAGCCUGAAAAUGCAGUAUUGUUGACAGCGCAGGAAAUUAUUGUAAAAACUAGGUUGUGAAAUUAAAAUUCAUUACUGUGGAUUCAGCCUCUGCUGUUUGGCAUCAAAGUAUGUUACACUUUAACUAACAAGGCUGCUUUCUCUUUAACAUGCACACAGUUGAUGAUGAGGCUUUGGCCAUCUGAGAUCAGCUGCUUAUGCCGUGUGACAGCACUUCUUAUUAAGGCCAUCCUCAGUUAAACACACAUAACUAACCAACAGUAUCCAAACUGCAGUGCUGAUUAAAUGUGCGUUUUAACAAGUCAUUAAAAUACAAAGCCAUAAAAUUAUUUGUUCUCUGCAGAUAAUCAGGUAGUCUUGUUUUAAUUUUAAUGAUGUGUUUGUGGAUUAUGAGCGAGGAAUGUGGACAUUUUAGACAUGCCUGACUCAACCUUUCAAUUUCAAUUCCAGUUGUGAAAUUCUGUGCUGCAGACGUAAAUAAUAUUGGUGUUUAAAUAAAAAUAUUUUGAAUUCAUGAUGGGCAUCCUUAUCGAGUCUGAAAAGUCAUAAAAAUGUAAUUUUAGUUUAUAUUUUGUUGAUGAUUUACAUAAAAAAAAUUUGGCAUAUUGGUUUUUCCUUUAAGUUUGAAGGGGGGGGGGGGGCAUAUAUUAGCAGUAGUCAAGAUUUUGUCAUAAAAUUGAAAUUUUAAAAUUAAAAAAACCCAAAACAAAAUACUUUCUAAAUGAACAAGUAACUGUUCAAAUCUUAACCUUGUCCUUUAUAUUUCAGUCAUGGUUGACAGAAACAGAUUAUUCUUGCCCUGUUUAUGUGUAAUACAGUGGUGUGUGUAAUCAGCAGUUUGAUGGCCACAUUUGAUUGCUUGAGUCUGAGGAGUUGAGGUCAUUUAAUCAAGCUGAUGCUAAAUGCACAAUCAUCAAACAGGCUGGGCUGAGGAGACAGAAAAAUGAGAUUAAACAUGAUUACACUGAUGUGAUUUGUCUCAUUACAGCUCAAACUUCACCAAUGUGUGAUUUGCACAGACAAGCAGAGUAGACAAGUGUUCCAUUAAAGCCUUUCUUGACUCAUCAGCUGCCUCCCCAAGACCCCUAAUCGUGCAGGACCACUCAUUAACAUCAUCAAAACACAGAGCGCUCAGAGAAGCUGAUGUGUGUUAAAAGCAUCUAAUAGGAAGCCGGCAUUACUGAAUGACUCACUAAUGGCUGUGAAUGACCGCUUUUCACCAUUAGACUAAUUCAUCUUUUUUAUCCAGUCCUGAAUCAUUAAAACUAUGCUGAGACAACAUUUUUUAAAUAUGCAAAGGAUCUGACCAAAUUUAAAAAAUACACAAAAAAUUUCUUUUUUUUUUUACAUCACAUUCCCCAUUCCUUUGAUCCCCCAGAUUAAUGUUGCUUUUAGAAAUAAAACUCUGUAAGUAAUAUUUAACACGUUAAAUAAUUGGUUAACUUUCACCUUUUGAGCAUAUUUUUUGUAGUACUUUAAAUUAAAGCCCUGUAGAAAAAGGUGAUAGUAUUGACAAGAUUUGGUAUUGUUUUCAUAUUAAAGAUGAGUAAACUUAAUCGACAAAAGUGUAUGACAAAAUUAGUCACCAACAAAUUUCACUGUCUUGCAUCAAUUGGUUUUUGUAUUUGUACAUUUUUCAUACUGUGAGACAUAACAUUGUUUACAGCACAUCUAAACCAUCUCACACCCUUCCUGUUUUUGCAAGGAGUUGUAUAUGCAAAACAGUGACUAAACACAACCCUAACAACACUGCAAAGGCCGGUGUUAUUAUGGCUGCCUGCAAAUUUUUUAACAUGGACUUUGCUUAUCAUUGGAGCUUGUCAGCCAUAUGGGAGCGUUUGAAGAGGGAACUUGACUCUUCUGUCCCUCACCGCAGAGCUAAAAUUUAUGUUUGAUAUUUUCUUAACACUAAAUGCUACUGUUAGUGUAAUACCUUUUAAUCCUUGCUCAUCAGCAGUCAGAGUUGACCGUAUGUUUUUGAAAUCACUAUUUUUUUGUCUAUCUCGGCCCAAACCAGUAAUUUAACACAAAAUGGGACCUUCUUCCAGUAACCAGUCAGUCCAGUGCUAAUUUACAAGCCUUGCAACAACGCAUAGUGUGUCAGUAAAGUCUGUCUUUCAGGAUCCUUUUUAAGGUUCUCUAAUAUUAUAAAAUGUCUGACAGUAGAUAAUGAAAUUUAGGCUAAUAAAAAGUUUUUUAAAGUUUUAUUGUACGAAGUGUCAAAUUUGAGUGAAAUGUGUCACAUUGUUUGAUCAGUUUUUUAAUAUCUAGUUAUCAUUAAAAUUUCUUUGUGGGUUUGCUCAUUCACGGACAAUUUCUCAGCAAUUAUGGCAUCAGUAAGUCAUCCAGUUUGCAAAAACAGUAUUAACAUAUCUUUUAUAGGACUUAAAAAGGUUGUUGAAAUAUAUUAAAUGUGAUUUGAAAAAGUAUGCAGUAACCCUGAUACCUUAUGGUAGUAUCUAAAAGUGACUAUCACCAGAAGUUUAUUUAUUUGUUUAUUUAUUUGAUUGAUUCAUGGAUUGAUUGAUUGAGUGAGUGAGUCAGUCAGUCAGUCAGUCAGUCAGUCAGUCAGUCCAUACUCCCAAAUGUAUAACACUCAAGCCGUUCCCUUUUAUUGUUGUUUGUCUUGUUGACACUAAGACUGUAUUCCAGUGCUUGUUUAAUCAAUUGUAAUUUUUUUUUUUCAGCUCCAGAAAAAAAUGAUUUUCAUUGAUUUGCUCAUGAUGUGCCUGGGUCUUAAUUGACAGGUGGUGGCUGUGAAGUGGAGAGUGCAGGAAGAGUCAGUCUUCAGCAGAUUGAGACCAGAAGCAGUCAGAGGAAGAAAGACCAGGCUAGAACAGACCAUCAGGUAAAAGUGGUGUCUUCAGGUUUGAAAUGCAGACUAUCCAAGGACAGACAUGUCAGGGGAAACAGCUCCAAAAAUAAGAACAUACAUCCACCACAGGACCCAUAUGAUAGCUGGAUAACCUGCAGACAGACAGAACAAAGUUUACAACAAACUGUCAGCGAUAAAGCACCUGAGUCUGAGAGAUCUUUAGUUGAUGUUGGGGACCACAGAACUCCAAAAAAAGUUCCUGUUAUACCGCUUCGUUCUACAAGAAUUGAGUUUGACAUUGUGACUCCUGAAGAAGACAAAGAGGAAAGUGGAGCAGCAGGAUGUAGUCCUGCAGUGGAUGGUCCUGAGACUCAGCACACCAAGAAAACAGGUAAAGUUUUGUUAUUUGUAGAGCCUGACUGAUAAAUGUGUUUGCAGGAAUCAGACUGAAAUAAGUCUGUCUCAAAAACACAGAUUGAGUUGGUGUACAUAGACAUGAAACUCUGUAGACUAUAUAUAGAAGUCUUUUCUCAGGGACGUAAAUGAAUGUGCCUCAUCUUUAUAGUUUGCAACUCUCUUAAUUUGACACCUGAAGAUUAUUGUAACUCAUAUUCUUAAAGUAGCAACAUUACAAAACAAGUGUAUAAAUAGACUUACCUUAUUAAUGCCCGUGGACAAUAGCAGCGUGGCAAAAUGUCCAUAACUGCUUUUCAGUACAUAGGUUUUCUGUCAGGUUUUAUUGCUAUUUUUCAAAGUUCUCUGCAGACUAACACUUGACUUUCAUUUUUUAAACAAGCUAUAAAAGUAAAGAGAUCUUGCCGAAAGAAACACAGAAGGUGUUACAACACUUCUCCAAAAAGAAAGGUCAGUAUCGGGUCGGGUAUGAGUACAUUUCUCUAAUCCAACCACAGUGAGCAGUUUACUUUCAUGUUAUGAGAACGAUUUAAACUCUAAAUUUCCAGUGAAGUGAAAAAAAAAAAGAUAAUUAAAGGAGAGAAAAUAACACCAUAAAGUGUGUGUUGCUUUACACCUCCAUGGUGUUUUGGCACUUGGCCCAGAGGGACAUAAAGAAAACUGAGAAUGAUUAUGAGUCACAGAACCACAUCCUGUGUGAACUGGAGAAUCAACGUCUAACAAGAAAAAACUAAUGUGAGCAUGACCGGUAACACUGACAUGUUUGCUGUCAUUGUUCACACUUUCUGAACUGUGUUGUCACAUUUUCACAGCAUUUAGUCAUAGCCGAUAUCUUUUAGUUUUGAUUUGGCUCUACGUAAACAAAAAUGAUAGUGGUAAGCGCUUUUGCUUCACAACAAAAAGGUCCAUGGUUGAUACCUGGUCAGGCAGGAGUCUGUCACUAUGAAGUUCACAUGUUCUCAAGUUCUCCCCUUACAUGUUGGGUUCUUUAUGGCUAUAAGGGCAAAGUGAUCUGCAACGCCCCAAACGAUUGUUAUUUAAAGAAAUGUGCUGCAUAUUUAUAGAUAAAAGCAAUAGUUUAAAACAAAUACUUCAACAGAGACAAUGCCGCAAAUCAAACAAAAAAAUAACAGGCUGCAACAAAACAACUGCAGUCACUGAAAACCUGCUGCAAUAAACAAUGCACAAACAGAAAACUAGUGCACAAUGAAAAACAAUGAAUCACUAAGUAAGGAUUGGCUCCAGUUACCCAUAUCCCAUGCAGCUUAAAUGAUGUGUACUAAUGAAUGUUUGAAAAUUGGGCAACAUCACCUGCUUUCAUACCGAACCAAAUUUAUCAAAUAUAUCUAAAUAACUCCUCAAAUGUGUCUUAAUAGCAAUUAAGACUUUUUGUUUUUCAUCCAGAGAGUUAGAGACCAGAGGCCGUGCCAUUUGGGUCUCUACUGUUCCACGUGUGGGUUUGAACUUCUUCCUGCGGCAGAAGGUAAUUUCUGAGAAAUCUCAGUCAACUGAAAGGAGUCAAACUAUGAAAAGAAACAUAAACUUUGUUUUGAAACACUGAAUGCAGAAUCACUUUUGUUUUCAGGUGUGUUUUGGAGAGCUGGGUAUGAAUCAGUACCAUUUUCAAUUCUGAGAAAAAACACAUUCAAUACUACAGAACUGAGCUGCCGCUGCCAACAUGAACCACGUCAUCCAUCAAAUCCAGACAAUUUACUCCUGGUGGUCCAGAGUCUCAGAGCACUGAAGACCCUCCGGACUGUUCUGCAACCUUACUAUGAUAACACCCUAACAGGUGAGUGAAGAAGUGGACUGAAGGAAACAGCUUUAAAAUUUCUCUCAUUAAAGCAGUCACAAAACCUAUAAUUUCAUGUAGCAAAACAGAAGAGUUGUUAAUGUGUUAUUCUGUCACCUAAAUAUAAAAAAAAAUUCCAAACUUUUAUGAGUUGAAGUAAAUGUUAUCUAAAAGUAUGAAAAAAUAGGACCCAGAGAAAAACACAGUGUGUAAUAUUUCACAGUAUUUCACAAGACAAACUUGUUACUGAAUACAGUGAGGUUUAUUUAAGUGAGUCUUUAGCCACCUGAACAUAGAAAUUUUCUAUUUUAUUAACUUAGAAUGAGCAUUUCACAUCUACAUGAGGAGCAGCAGCUGCAGUGUGUAAAAAACAAUUUUGAUAGGCUAGUCCUUAUCAUGUAUCACAGGAGUUUCUUGCCCUUAUAAGAGGGAUGAGCAAGGGAGCAUUUCAAUCUGGAAUCUGACAGCUCAGUAUUAUAAAAUGUUCCCAUUUUUACACACUAUACCUUUAAAUAAGGACAUAUUAGCCCUCCUGUCUCAACAGUUUCUUGUAUUUAAGGUUAAUAGAGUGACAUGCUGUUUCACUGCUUCUCAUUCUUUCAUGCAGCAUAUAAUGCCAUCUGGAACCCUGAGGAGGGCUCUGUCACCAGAUUUCUGCAGUGCAAAGGCUGUUGGUCUCCGAGUGCUGUUCGGUCUGCAUCUUUCAUGGCAGCAGAGAUUCAGUACCCUCCAGAUGCAACCCGAGAUCAGGUACAUUUUUAGUGAAUGCAUAAAUGUAAGCGGUGCACCACAAGGCUUGGUUUAGACAACUGGUUUUGUCUAGUAUGCAGGGAAAAAAGACUCCUUUAUAUUUUUACUCCAUUUUGGAAGAAAAUACCUAUAGUUGAGUGAGAAAGCAACCCUUCCAUACUUAAAAGAAGUACCCAAACCCUUCAAAUAAGUGUGCAGAUGGAAUCAGCAUUACUUUAAUGUUUUUUUGUUAAUAUAAAAACACGUACCCUUUUAUACAUUAUUGAGAUUAUUUUGUAUUCUUACUUUUAAUAUCCACACUGACAAUCCAGAGAAUCCAUGAUAUGAAAAAUGGUCUCACAGACAUGGAAAGCCACUGAAAUUAUCAGGAAAAAAAAUCCUCAAGUUGUUGUUGUUGUUUGUCACUUGUUCUUCAAACUUCUGAUGCACACAUGCUGUGCCAGGGGGCCGCUCUUAAUCAAUAACCACCCUGAAUCCUCCAUAAGCCGAUUUACAGUCGUCACAGAACAAAGUAUCACAGCUUCUGCAAAUGUCUUAGACAGUUUUUAUGGCUGCAUUGAUUUGUAAACCCUUAAGCUGAUUUCUUAAAUGAUUUGGUUUAAAGGCAGGAGAUGCCUCUUUUAAAAGAUGCUAAAAUGCUCAUCGUGUAGAGUGAUAAUUGGAAAAACAAAGAAAGCUGCUGAAUUCAGUACUUCAGAAGCAUUUGGUGUUUACUUUUUCUAAAGAAGAUGAAAAACUGAUAAGUUGAGGUAUAAAUCUUGUAGUAUAGUAGCAGAGCUGUACAAUAACUACAGUAUUUCACUAAUAUUCCUCUAUUAUGAGCAUCAGUGAAAUCAGCUUGACUGGAAUCAUUGUUGUGAAAAAAUAACACCAUGAUUUGCAUCUUUAAAAUAAGUUUGGGGUAAAAAUGAUUCACUUUUAUUAAUUUCAUUUGUUUAAAAAUAAUUUAAGUGCAUUAAUUUUGGGGUUUCAAUUACUAAGGCUUUUCUUCUUUUUUUAAGUUGCAUUAUCUACGUAAUUCAGAAUUGGUGUAGUGCUGUUACUGUCCUCAAGAAACUGCAGAGAUUAUCACUUUGACCUGUCAGAUUAAAAAGAUUAACCCUGAUUGACUUGUAAAUUCAGGUUAACUUUCCAAACUCUGUAGUACUUUCAAAUCUAAAUCUGACUAAUCAUUAAAGUUCAAUCUGUUUGCUUUUGAAUGAUGCAAACUACAAUUGUUCUGUGGACUUUAUAAAGCAGCAAAAUAAUUUUUGGUAGAUAAGUGAAGAUAAGUGGCUAAAGAGAGGCAACCACAGAACUAUAUAAAUGUUUUGAUCAUUGCUAAUAAAUUUAUAUUUUUAAACUAAAUUUUAGGCAUUAUUAUGUCUAAACCUUGGAAUUUUCUUAUUUAUAGGCAGGAUUUGCCAUCAUCAAAUACAGCUGCUAAAAUCAAGAAUAAACUAAGAUUGGAAUCAGUCAGCCAGCACUUAAUAUGCAGUAAUCAAAUGGUGCUGUUGUGUUCUGAAAACUUAUUAAUGCGCAGGGAGAAAGAGGGGUGAACUUCAGAGCAAAUAUGGUUGUGUAUCAUGCUAGAAUAGUUUGUCAAAGCAAACCUUGCAAAAUUUCUGAUCACAAAAACAAGACAGUGAGUUCUCAAUUAAAACUUGAAGAGGAGAUUCAAACAUUGUCUCUUCAGUGAAAUGCAUCAUUUCUUGACUUUAAAAGUCCUCAAGCUAAGCCAUGAAACUACUUUUAGAAACAUUUUGAUUUGUCGCUAUAGGCUGUGUUCUGUGGCAUCUAGCAUGUCUUAAUCAUUAUAAGCCAAUUAUGUCAGUUGAAGCAUCCCACAUAAGUCAGUGAAUCUCUCCUGCUAUGACUUGUCAUUCUGCAUGUGAAGAUAAAUGUGGUUAAGUUUAAAAUAAGAUGGAUAUUCUUCGCAUGAAGUCCAGGUCUUGUGUUGCGAAGAGUAAUCUGUUCCUCCGUUACGUGUAUGAGAUAAAAGACUUGUUUGUGAAAAAGCGUCCGCAUUUGUGCCAUCUGGAUCACAGUGUGAAUUUGACUAAGCCCACAGGCGAACGCAUGUCUCUGCCCCCCUCUGCCGUGAGGGCUUUAGGACACACUUUGGUCCAGCCUUCACUGUUUUCUCAGGCGCUUGCAUGAUGAGCUCGCAUGAAGGGUUUCAAGUUCCUGCUGUUCAGCUGUGAAUUUGACAGACACCAUAUUGCAUGUAAAGCUGUGGAGUCUGUCUGGGUGCAAUCGCCAGACACCCAAACUGCAGUCUGCAUGCAGGCGGUUAACAGACCGCAACACUCUCUGCGUGGGGCGUGACACGCUCACAACAACUUUACAGGCAUCAUCGAUCCUUGUCAUUUUGACCUGUUAAUCUCAAUUUGUCAUUGUUGUCAUAAGCUCCCCCUCCUCAUUAUUUAUCACUUUGUUAUCUGUGCCAAAACAUGUCACUCCUCAUCCCUCCAACACCUGCCUUCAAGUCUUUGUAUCCGACCUGCCUUCACAACCUAUAUGAUAACCGCAGGAGGCCUUAACAUUAAUAAAUCUUCCGAUAAUAGGAGGGCACGCAGACACCAUGUGUGUGUGUUAAUGUGCUUUGUUAUAGCACAGAUUGGAGGCUUGUAAGCUCUGAUAUACUGACCUUUAAUAAAAGGCAAUAUUUACGCCCCAGUGAAUAUCAAAGGUGAUUAUUUUCAUCUGAGCAGCUCAAAAUGAAGAGAGGAAAUAAUCCCCCUGGUGAUUUGAAAUUAAGGUUGAUCAUUUCUCAGAAAUGGUACUAAGCUGUGUUUCAGAUGAACUGCAAUGUUUUAUCUGUGCAAUUAUUAAUUUCUACAAAAAGGUACUAAAUAAUUCACAAUAUCUCAGAUUCAUUAAAGGCUGGGUUAUCAUGCAAGCUGUACCUUCAAAUGCGUAACACAUAUUCACCCACACAUACACUAUAUAAAGUAACACACAGCACAUUACACCGAAUCAUUUUUAAAAAGCUCUAUCUGGGGUUCAGUUAUGCAGAUCAGGGCUGCUGCUAAUUAUGAAUCUUUUUUUUAUUUAUUGUACUGAGCAUUCAUGUUUUUUUAUUCCCAGUUUAAAGUCUUCAGUGAAAAUUUUCAUGAAAUUUCUUGUUUUACAAACAUUUAAAAACCCAGAGGCUUUAAAUUCACAUAACAGCAAGAAACCUCAUAAUCUCUAAGUGAAAAGACAGAAUAAACAAAUAUUCAACACUUAAGCUUGUCUCCAAAAUUCUUUAUAGGAUAUCUAAAUGGGUAUCUAAAUAAAUGGCUGUGAAUUACUUCCAUUUUUUUCCAAGUGUAAUAUGCUAAUAACUGAACAUAUUUUACUUUAAAUUAAUAAUUCAGAUAACCUAUAUUAUUUCUAGGAAAAAACAAAACAAAAUAUUGAUCUGUCACAUGCACUUGUGAAUGAUUAAGUAUACACAAAAUGGGAUCACAAUGUAGCUCAUGCGGGGGCAGUUAUCCACUACUUCUAAAUAUUGCCCUGCAAUAUAACUUUGUUGUCAUAUUUUAUUUAGGUCCUGUUUUUGCCAAUUUUACUUUAUCUUAACUCUGAACAGUCUUGUUCAUGAUAUCCAUAAAGAUGAAUAAAAAACAUCCAAAUAAGAUAUGCAUUGAUAGAACUAUAACACUCAGACUAAAACUCUGAUGAUACACUCCUGUGGUAGUUUUAGACAAUAGUUGCAGUACUGCAUAUGUAGAGAACUAUGUCCCAGUUUGAAAAUGGUUUUGCCAUGAGAAUAGAAAACUGAUACACUACCUUUGUAUUUAUCAGAACAAAGAUUUUUACUUCUAAAUCAGUUAUUUCAGUGACAACUAUGGGGAUCAUGGUGCAUUAGGCGAAUAGGUAAUGAUAUUGAUUUCCUUAAGGCCUGAUAAGGAUUUCUGAACAGGAUCAUCUAGUAGUAGAGGAUCUUUUGCAAUCCGUCUCCCGGAGCAGCUGUUAGAACUUGGCUUGAGUCAUAGGUUUGGAGCUCCUCGGAUAAUAAACCCAGAUUUGUUUCAGAGGGUCAGUCGAAUUAGACACCUAAUCUGCCUAUGUGGUUUUUUAAGUUGACUAAUCUUGAUAUAGACAUCCGUUGUUUGGGCUCAUCUUAGUGUGCUUACACUAUAAGCUGGUUAAUGCUAUAAGUGUGAUUGUGGCAACCAUUUGUCAGCUGAGAGCCUGAUGCCUUUUUUGCUGUUCAUAUUGUAGAAAGAUCUCAGCAGGAGAGCAUUAAGGACUGGCAAUUAGCCAUUAUGCAAUCUUACGCCUCUUUAUGGUCGAGCACCAACAGAGAUAAGAAACUCUGAUCCAUUAAACUACUUAACUUCUUUGUGUGGUAUCAUGUCCAAGUUUUUUAGCAGUUGUUGUCUGCUUAUACAUAAUUUUUUUUAGGUUGGGUCCCUGUUAUUGUUUAUAUUGUGAGGAACCAUGGUUCCACAUCACUUAUGCAAUCACUUUUUUCAGUUAUAUAGUUCAUACCUAUUAAAAACACUCGGUUAUUUAAACCACUUCAGCCACAGUAAAUACAGUAUAUCAAGUAUUUAAAUUGAUCAUUUUUAUCAUUGAUCUUGAUGGUGAAAUGUAAUUAUGUUACUUUGGGUGUCAUAAAAUGUGUCACCAUGUCACAAAGACUAAUCAGUAGUAUUGAUUGGUCUGCUCUGAACAGAAGUAUGAUCUGGAUUAGGACAAGAGCAGUAAUACGGAACCUGAGCCAUGUUAACAUUAGCACUUCACUUUGUUCCAAAAUGAAAUACUGAAUAAACUGGAUAUUAAUUUUUGCAAACUUUUUAUAGUUGUGGUCACCUUACAAAGAUUGAAGUCAGCGCCUGCUAUCAGAUCAUGGCUUUAAAGAUGGUACAUUGUGCCAUCAUCACCGUUCUUGAAGCAGAGUGAUAUCCCUCUGCCCAAUCUUAUUUUUCUGUUUUCAUUUGAUAUGCUGCAGUCUUGUGAAUCUUUCUUUAGCUCCACUAUAGCAGCUUGACACGUUUAGCCUUGAGGUACAGAUUAGGGUGGUUGUGGCUUAGUGGCAGAGUGGGUCACCUCUGACGACCACCCUAGCAGCCACAUGCCGAAGUCAGAUGCCAAAGUGUCCACAGGGCUAGAAACCAAAAUUUUAAAAAAGCUCCCAGUGACAUAACCAGCUGUGAGUGUGUCGUGUCAGAAAGAAACACUUGCACUGGUCAGAAGACUGGGCAAGUGCUACAUCAUUACUGUCCAUGUAUCUCAUUCACUUGGUUGCCUUGUGUUUUAGUACAGUUAUACAGAUCAAUUGUAAUAAUGCCAUUUUAAAGCUCAUAGUCAGUAUUGCUCUGACCAAAUGGUGUUGAUUUACAAAGUACAGCUGAACAGUCUGCCUAUAAAACUCAUGAACACAAAUGUGACAUGCUGAUGUGCAAAAAUAUCUGAAACUUUGUGUAAAGUUGCAAUUUACAGUUUGAUUAUGAACUUUUAUCCCCAAGUUUGAAUUACUGCCCAACUUCACUGGGUCUGCUUUGUUAUGUUAAGUGCAUGUUAAGUGCAUGUCAACCGAACAAUCAAUCCUGCUUGUUAACAAGGCUAUUAAAUGAAAAAUAAUACAUUGCCUGAAGCACCAUGAGAUCAUGACAGUAAAUUCAUAUGACUGAGGACAGCUCUGCAGCCUGGGAGCUUGAUUAUAAGGCUAUAGUAUCAAAUCUUCUCUUCUUACCGACCUUCUUUUAGUCAACAUGUUUUACUGUGCUGUAUAGUUUGCAUUACUUUAGAUAAUGGCAUCUCAUAAAAGUAUCCUGGGAAACAUUUGCUUCUUAUUUGGGAGCAGGGGGAUGACCUCUCUAAUUGAAGCAGCUGUCCAUUAACCGGGCAUGCUGCAUGCAAGAAAGUAAACUCUAACAUUUUUUUUGAUGGACUUAAGUCCCAGCACAAAAUGUUUUUGUAUAGUUUUCCAAGGUCACAAAACAACUGUUGAGGGUGCUGCAAUAGUAAAGUUUUUAUGAAGUUGACAUCCCAUAUUAUACAGUAUGGGAUGUCAGCCUGGUACUGUAAUCUCGGUAAUCUCUCUGUCCAGUUAAAAUCUAAACGUGCUCGUCUGGUGGAGACUGCCAUGAAAGUGGUGGGAAGGACAUAAAACUCUUCCCUGCAGUCCAUGUAUGAACUUUCUGUUCUCAGGCAAGCACAGCGAGCUUUAUCUGAUCCUUCUCACAUCCUUUACCCUGAGUAUGAACUCCAACUGUCUGGUAGGCGAUACAGAGUCCUCAAAUGUAGACUGAACUGUUUUAAAAACUCAUUCAUGCCCACCUCAACUAGGUUUUUAAAUAAUGUGUCCUAAAAUAUAGCCGGGUUGUGCAAUAAUGUCAUGGUGCUAUCUUGUUAUCUUAUCAUUUUCUUUUUGGUCUUGUUUGCCUUGUCCCACCUUGCUGUGUCUUGUUCUUUGUCAUUGUUGUCUAUUGUCGUUGUGUUUAUUUUGACCAUUUCUGUGGGAUUCUUGUGCAAUAUAGGUAUGUGCAAUGUGGGUAUGCGCAAUGUGCGUGCGUUGUGUGACUUUGUCUUUGUUAGGUCUAGUACUUUGUGUCAUCAGUUGGCAACUUAAUCUGUGCAGCUCUUGGAGUCCAAGACUUAUUUCCCUAAGGGGACAAUAAAGUGUAUCGUAUCGUCUCGUAUUGUAAAGAUCUAGAAAAACAUUCAACAGAUUUUAAAGACUUCUUCCACUCUUAAAUAAACAGUCCCUUACCAGGUGCUCUGAGAGGUGAAGAUGGUAAUCCUAGAGAGGGUAGGGAUCCAGACCUAAAGUGGCUCUGCUUCCAGAAUGUGGAGAAAAAAAAGCAACCAGGGGGUUCAGUUGUGAUAUCAAAAAUUACAAAAUUAUGCAAAAUUCACGCCACUGCUCCCCAAUCCCAAAACUCAUCCACCUGAUGACAAUAAUACAUGAGGCAGAUGCUCUGAUAACUGUUAAUGAAUAACACAAAAGACAUUUUCUACUGUCUGCUAGUAUUUUGCCUCUCUUUCAUCCAUUUACCUCUUCAAAUGAAUUGUUUUACAUGAUAAAACCUAAUAAUUCUCAGAUCUUAAUGGUAAAAAAUUUUAGUUAACAAAACAUAGCCAUAUUCUCAGUGACAUUAUUAAUUAGUUCAAUUAGAAAGCCCAAAGAUGGCAGUCACUGUGUUAGAAUUAUGAUGUUAAAAUCGUCUGUAAUGUUUGUAUUGGUUUGAACAAUGGAGAUCUAGUUUCUUUAAGGACAAGUGCUUGAAGACGGGUUUUCCCAGGUCAGAGCAUUGUGCUAAUCUCUUUGCAUUAGACAGCACUUAAAUCCAGAAAUUCCAAUCCUGUUGAACCAUUUUGCUCUUUAUGGUAUAAGUCCAAUACCAACAUACUGUGUGCAAUGCAGUGCAGAGGUGGAAUGUAAGGGUGUGGAAGUAUUUAAAACUACUGUUUUUAAGUCUUGUCACAGAUUGGACAGAGAAGAUGGUCAGAAAAUAUAUGAAUAUCUUUACCAAGAGGGCAGGUUUGUGGUAGCAAGGACUCAGCUUCUGUGUAUUGGGUGUGUGCCCUAACGCCUUAACUAAACCAAAGCUCUCCACAGUCCCUUUGUAACAUGACGCGGUGUGUCAGGGUUGGUUUUCUUUAAUCUUAGUAAUUAUGAUCAAGUGUCCUUGACCUGUUAAGUUGUACCAAUAACUUAAAGUGAAAACAAAUCCUAAACAAAAUGCAAAAGAAGUUCUUGCGGAGUCACCCUGCUUUCAGGCAAAAGGGUGACAUUAGAUACAAAGAAAGCUGAAAAAUAUAAACAUUUGGUGAGAUCCCAAUGAUCCUUGGGUGGAGUUUUCUGCCCUUUGCUGCUGUCUGUGGGCACAUGAGGGGAAACUCCCUUAGAUAUGCUUAAGCACUCCUACAUUUGGGAAUCCUUCUGCAAAUAUGUCAGCAGAUCAAACAUGUUACUUCUCACUCAUCUCCCGCUAAAUGCUCCACUGUUCUCUUCUUGAAAAUGAUGGAUCGCUCUUUUCUUUCAACAAAGUACGGGUGAAAGGUGAGGUAUUAAAAGCUGUCAGAAAUGUACUUGUCACAAAUCUACGUUUGAGUUUAGGACUUAAAGAUAUGCGAAGUAAUAUUGUUGAAGAAUGGGAGGAGUGAGAUGGUGCAAAGCCGUUGGUGGUCCAGGUCUUUGUAAAUAUUCUAAGUGUUGGGACGUUGUGGGUCAAAACAUGUCGUAGGUGCAUGAGGGAUUGCUAAGGAAUGCAGAAACCCUGAAAAGUGUCAUGCAUUGGUUUUUCAUGCCAACAAACACUGGACUGGACAGAACUUUGGCCCUUCAUGGUGGUAUUUCUUUUAACAUAUUAUUUCCUCUUGGCACCAAAUUAUCUCACACCUAUUCUCACCACACACAAUCAUUCGCAGCUCUGAGGAAAAUCCCGACAGAGUAAUGACGGGAAAGUUCUUUGUCCUGGCCUCUUAGUGGAAUCUGUAGGCGCUGACAGACAAGACCAUUUAAGAAGAGGAGCUCUCAAAAUCAAACAGGACACACUCAGUGUUUAAUUCUGGGGCAACAUACCCGAGAGCUUGCCCUGACUCAUCACACUUUCAAAGCUCGCUGGCACACCUCGCCGUGGGAAUGACACUUCUCAGCCCAUCUCUGUUUGAACAGGUUGAUUCCACUUUCUCUGAGCUCUGCGUCAGGCAUUCAGCAGCUUUUCUGAUUUACAAAGGAGCGCUGGCUGAAUGCACGAGCUCAGACUUCAAAAAGUGUUGUGUACAAGUCCAGAGUGUGCACAUGAAUGCGCCUAACCCUGCGUUUGAAGUAUGAAUUAAUCCUGUUCUAUUGUUGAGGGCAUGGCAGGUUGACACUGAGGUGAGGACAGACAGGCAUCAAUACAGACCAAUUCAUUUUCCCUGCAGACUUUCUUUCCCACAUGUGUAUUUGGGUGGCAUGCAGCUCAUGCGCCACUCAACACACUGUCAACACAGAUUUAGAAGAAAAUGAUCAACUAUCCAAUAAUUGUUGUACCUGUAUCUCUUCAUUAACAGCACACGCAACAGGUACUUUGUUUUGAAUGGAAAAUCCAUGAAUGGAUAAAUUUCUCAUCAUCAUCUUUGUAACAAUUAGUCCUGAGAUUAAACUUAAAAUACAACAGUUCUCAUGAACUUUUUGAUAAAAAUCAUUAAAGUGACAAGCCAAACACUCAAGCUUCUCCUACAUGAAAUUUAUAGUUUUUCUUUUUUUUAAAGAAAACAAAAAGUUUUAAGUGUUCACUCUGAGUAUAAAAAAAGAUAGCGUGUAUUCCGCAUCAUUCACAAUUAUUUCUAAACUCAUCAGAAAUUAUAUCAUCAAAUAGAUCAGUAAAUAAUGAUAAUUUAACAAUACAUUUUUGUAGUCUUUGCAUGCAUGCCUCAAAUGGCUCAUAUAAAUCUAGUCAUAUAGCAAAUAAAUAUGCAAAUUUAAAUACAGUGUUGCUUCAAAACAGCAAUUUGUUGAAAUGAGUAAAAAAAAAUGGGAUGGAAUGAUUUGGGCCAAAGAAAUCGACUUGAAACAAAACAAGGCCUGACUAUUUCUACCUCCAAAGGGAACAAACAGACAGACAAAAGGCCUGCCUAGCUUCUCAAAGGUGGCACAAACAAAUAAUGUAGUGUAUCUAACAAAAAAAUCCUGAGGGAAAGAAAGUAAAGGGGAUCCCAACUUACUGGAGUCCAACCUCCCAGAGUUUUAAACAUCACGUAAAGACCAGAAGCAUGAAUGGAAGUCAGACCGUCUGAAGAGUCUGGGUGGUUUUCUUAUACUGAGCUCUAGUGCAGGCCAAUCAUCAGCACCGGUGGUGCUUGAGAUAUACAGGUGGCAGUCAACCAGCUCAAAAAUACCUAGUAUGUGAGAGAGAGAGAGAGAGAGAGAGAGAGAGAGAGAGAGAGAGAGAGAGAGAGAGAGUGCAAAUAAGGCACUGGGUCUCUCUGGAUCACUGUAACACAUGAGAAGAUUGCACAUUGAAGAAAUGGUCUCCCUUUUUUGGAGCAUUUUUUUUUCAGUGAGUGACACAUUUGACUUUUAAAAGAAGCAGGAUUAGACUUUUUCACUGAAAACUCAAUGUAGACAUGCACAGGGUGAAAUCACAAUCGAUCUUAAUUCAUCAAAACAAACAAAAAGUUUCUCACAGGAGCUGUAAGCUGUUUUCAAUUGGUGAAUUUAGUAAAUGAUGGUAAUUUUGCUUCAUUAUCUCUUCCGUAAUCCCAGAAUUUCUGAAUUAGUUUCAAAUGUUAUCUGUGUAAAACUCCCAUCUCACUUUUAGCAGAGCUGUUGGGCUCUGAGAUUAAGCUCAGAUUUGUUUUGACUUUGACUAAAGUUGUGAUUGAGUGCAAUUUUGUUACCAUACAGAAAAAGACUUUCUGAUUUUUUUUAAUUCAGCUAUGUAAGCCUAAACUAAAUGCCUGGGCUCUUCCAAAUUGUAUGCUAAAUAUUACACUAAUAUUGACUUCAAGUGUUAAUGUAUCAUAGCCCAUGAUCAAAGAUGCCCAUCACUUAAAGUCAAGCACAGUUUUUUUAUGCUGAGAAUACAGGUGUUUCCUGCAGACUAUCCCAGUGCUGCCAGUCUAAUUCAGUCACGCAUCGGUGUCCACAGCUCGCUCUCAACCACCCCUGUUCGUGUCAGAAAACAAAGGCCAUGGGCGUCCUCGCUAUACAUAGCCGCUGGGGCAACCGGACAACACCUCUUAAGCAAACACGCUUACUCGCUCUUUUUAACAGCCGCAUAAUGCUCAGUCUUUGUCCUCCCCGAUCCUCCACCCUGGUCCUCCUGCUCCAUAGCAGGUGCCGCUUCAAGUUGCCUUUCUGAUGCAUUGUUUCUUUACUUCUAAAAGCCCAUCUCUUUGUGUAUUUGCCUUCCAUGCUAAAUGUGAAGGUGACUUUUUCUAAAUGUACUCCACAAAAAACUGCAGCCCAUUAUGCUGCAUACUAAAAUGAAAGCAUGGCUUAGUAAGAGUGCAAUCUGUGCAUGUGUUCUUACUUUUUGCUUGUACCUCUAGGAGAGUACACUGAUUCAUCCUGUCAGAAUUAACACUGCUGUGUUACCAGCUUUACCAGCUGUUAUGUGGGUAAGACAAAGAUUGAGGUGCAGCUGAAAACACUGUAUAUUUAGAGAAUUUCCCAGUUUGGGAUUGAUAAAGUAUAUCUAUUAACAAACAUUUCUUACUGUUCAGAAUUAAUGUGGAGUCAGUAUGACUGGAGGUCAAAAUAUUGAGUAUUCAGUCAUCUAUUAAAUCUAUUCUUUAUUAAACCUCAUUGACAUUCACACUGCUUAUUUUAUUACUGGUGGCUGGCUAAUUAAUAUCCCCCUUCAAAAAAAAACAUUUUGGCCCUCUAUAGACUAAAAUUACAAAACUAUUCUUGUAAAUGUAUGGCUGAAUUCUAUAAUAUUGCAAUAUUAAUUUAUUUUUUAAAACUAUAAAACUUAAAACUAUAGUCCAGUAAUAUUAGGGGAUCGUUCUGGCAAAUUAUUACUUCUUUUCAUAAAAAGAACUAAAACUUUAAUUCUUGUCAAUUUACAGUCUGAUUUUAUUAUAGGACAACUUUAUGCUCCCAAUAAUAACUUUGUUCUUUUAAGUUUGCCAUGUCUGAGUUGCCACAUCUUUUAUCGGUAGACUAUAACAGUAACUAUAUUCUACAGAAAAGAGGGAAAAUUGUUCUACCUCUGCUUAUACUGUUGAAUUUGUGCUACAAUUUUUUUUGUAGGAUUCAAACUUAAAAUCUAAAAUAAACAAAAGUAAAUCAAUAACUGAAAAACAACUAAUAUGAUGUUAAGGGAUAAAACAGAGUUUUUUAUUUUUAUAAAGCUCUGUCAUCGAGUCUGACAGAAAUUUAAGCACACAGGUCUGUUCGCAGAUGCUAUUUCAGUCUUUAAUGAAAGUAAAAUAGUUGAAGUCAGGUCAGAUCUGAGGUUCAUUCACAGAGACAUAAUUUGCUUCAGCAGUUCAGCACAAGGUCAGAUAGAGUUAAGACAGCAUGAUUAGUGUUUCCUAUAACAGCCUUUUCAUUCCUAAUCUGUCAGUGCGUGGCGUAUAGAUAAAUAAUCAAUAUUAACAGGUAUUUUUGUUGUUUUCAUACAGCGGAGGCGACUUAGCUGGAGAAAAUACAUCCCAGCUCUAUGUAAUAUCACCGUGUUAUCCUCUUAAUCCAUCACUUGACCCUCCACUGCCCCCGUGUACCCGGAGCGUGGGGUCAUGGGACAUGUCAGAGCACCAUGUAACCUUCAUUAGGGUCAAAACACGUUAGAACAACACUGAUGCUAAGAUAAUAGGUCUCCUCACACCCAGUCUCUCAGAGCUCAACCAUAAGGCUGCCACUGUAGAUCUAACAGUGUAUUCACACACACACACACACACACACACACACACACACACACAGUGUUCAAAGGCCUCUACUUUGACUGGGUUUUAUUUUUUGGGAAACUUGUAUUUACUCCACUACAUUUGAAAGACAAGUAUUGCAUUUUUUGACUAUGAAUGAACUCGUCCUCACUACUUUGGCUCAAAAGUCAGCUGAUAAAUUUAAUUUUCUUUCUCAAGGCAGUUUUGAAAGAUGAUAAACUGUGCUCUUGCAGUUCUGUAUGUGGUGUUGCUGUUUCUGUAUGUUGAGUGCCACAUUGGUUGUUUUAGUGCUGGUGAUUUUGGCCACAGCAGAGAAUAAUGGCCGUUCUCAACUCGAGCACCAAUGGCUAAACGUUGAGUCCAUGUUUGAGGUUUUGGAAAUGAAGUGGAGCUGAGAAAUUGCUUUGGAAGUACAUGGUGUGCUUCUUCAUCACCAGACAAGACCAUGCCUGGAAAUUUGGUAUUAUAGGAAUCCCUGUAGAAGUAGUGCGUCUCGCCCAAUACAACACCUGGGUAUUAGCGUUGUUCUGGCACGUUGAAGAAAAUGUUUUGCAUAUCCGUGUCAUGCUGGUUUUGAGCUACUGCCAUGUUUGCACAAUUUGAAUUAAUCCCAAGAUGUUUUGUGCCAUAACAAACAAAUACUGUAGUUGUAAUUGUAAGUACCUGCCUUGAGACCAGGGGUCAACUGAUAUUGGGCUGACAGGGCUGACAUUGGGAUCAGUCUUUGUAGUUGAUAAGAUGAGUAAUCUAUAUUUAGAGUUUAUACGCACUAAUAUUGAAAAUAAGAAACCUGUCAAAAUUUAGAAAAGUGAAUAUUCAUAAAACAGCAACACAAAAUGUUGCUUAAAUGUCUUUAUCAAACUUUAAAUCAGAACUGAAAAGUUCAACCUCAUAUACAAGAGUUGAGAGUUAACCAGUUACACAUUGAGCACAGUUACAAAAGACGGUUGUGUGACAUCUGUCCAAUCAGAUAAUGUUGUGGGCGGGACAUUAGGUGAGACAAAGUGAUGAGUUGAAACGGACCCAAAAGGAGAGGCACACGGACAGUCGUGCACAUUUUAAUGAAUUACUUAAUUAUAUUGUCUAUAAUUGCUUUGCCCAGACUUGAGACUGCUGUCCAAAGCAGUUAAGUGAAAAAUUUCUAGCAGUUUUUGUACAUGCUGGUUAUACAGACAACAAACUAUGUAAAUAGGAUACAGGGUUAGUUUUUGGUAGACUUAUUUUUGUCCUGAGAACACUUGAAGUACCUCUGUAAAAAAAAUAAAAAAUAAAAAACUGGGUCAGCUCAUGCAUUAAAUUGAUCAUUUGUACAAACAAGAAUAAACUAAAUUAUAUCUUAUUAAUUUCUACCUUAAUAAAUGCAGCUUGCAAAUUUAAAACUAAAAAAACAUGUCAGUAUGUAUCCUAACAUGAACUUCCAGGGAUUCCUUGUUCAUUUUGACUCACGCUGUUUUCGUGUUAUGCUGUUUUCUAAAGUUACUGUUUGCUCAAACGCCUUAAAACUGGGAGGCAGAACGAAGAGAUAAAAGAAAGCAAAAGAAAAGAAAACAUGUCAGUAACUGCUGUGUUGAUCUCUGUGUACCAGAAGAAGCCAUACAUCAGUCAGUCAUGUAGGUGGUAGAGGUGCAGCAGCAAAUAACUUACCAAGGCUAAAGCCAUAGGAUCAUGAGAGUGCAAACAUGAUUAUUGACAGAAACACAAAAGGAGGUUUAAGGCAGACUCAUCCCAGCUGUGUGAAAUUUCAACCAAACACAGCUAUGAGCAAGGAGGGUGGGCAGGUGACAGUGACCCACCCCCACAGCCAAUUUGUAUGCAGUUUCCUCUACUCUCCUUUCUUCAUUCAUGACCCAGUUUCAGGGAGACAAAGCCCCUCGCACCCCUGUUGUGCUCAGAAUAGUGUCCAAUUAAUACGACAGGCUGUAUUUCUGUUUGCGUGCAUGUAUGUUUACUGAUCACGAGGUCACCUAAUAGUCUUUAUCUGCCACACAAAGGUGUUGCAGACAUGCUGUCUUUGUCUUCAACCACCUCCUGCUUCAGUCGUUAAGCCUCAUUGCCCUUGACACACUGCCCUGCAGAGAAUGAAGUCAUCACAUUUGUCCUACUCUCAUUGGACAGAGUGGGGCGCUGUUUCCCUACUUUAAGAUACAUUGGAUGAAGUGUGAUUGGUGGUCAAGUCUCCAUGAGCUCACCACUGGGCUUUGUUGCAGGAUUUAACCCUUGUAUGCGUUUUCAGACGUGCACUCCAGAAAAUUUUUAGAAAGUUUCAGAGGAUCUGACCCAGAAAGUAAUCUGACCCCGCUAGUGACACUGAUCUUAGGAGGCUGAUCAUGACAUCAAAUCACCUCUGUAGUAGUCAGGAUGUAAUGUUUUACACUGCUACUCAAAUCAAAACCACUGAUCCUUUCAUUUUUUUCUUCCAGAGGUUUUGAUCACCUUUCUAUCUUAUUCUCUUGAUUUUGUUUCUCUCUAAAUCUGUGGUAUAUUUGUCUUUACUUAAAUUCAUCCCUGUGUGAUUACUAAAAAUUGGGAUAGCUAAAUAUACCUUAGCGACUGUAUUUUACCUUGCCAUCGACACGACAAGUAUUUAAACAUAUACACAGUAUCGAUAGACAAGUGAAAUACCUAAACAUACUGUAGCGAGGGAGUCAGUAUAAAGACAUCUCUCCACCUUUUAUAUAAUUUUAAUCUCGGUAUGUGCCGCUUUACCUGCCUUAUUCUUCCAGUAAAUGUGUCCCUAUCUGCGACCUGGAAGUAUUGAUUAGUAGCGGAAACCAACUCCCCCUGUUUUUGAUUUGCACUACAGCAGCAUCUUUCAACCUAGUAGCAAAACUAGACAGAACACCACAUGAGAAACAGCAACAUCCCUACACCGCUGCUUAGAGGGAAUUGUUUGGUAGAUUUGCUGUUGCGUUCUCACAUGAGACACAUGAGAGGAAAUAUUCUGGGUAUGGAAAAACUUGUGUUUCUGUUCAAACAUACAGCUCGCUUUGGGAAAUUUUGUGAAAUUUCCAGGAACUUAGUUCUUGUUUGAAAGGGGCUUAUUUUUGUUGGGUAGGCAACACUAAACAGACAUCUGUUUCUUGGGCUAAUUCUUCUCAUUCAUGAUCCCUCUUAGAGGUGAGUGGCUUACUCAGAGACAGCAAGACACCGCCAUCAAUUAGGUCCACUUGUCACUUUUGUUUGGCCAAUUUAUCCAGACUGAUUUUCUGUCUCUUCACUGAAGUGGAUGGGCGAAUAUUGAAACAAGUUGAUGACAUAGUUGAGGGUCUGAGUCUUAGUCCGUUGCUGGUAUUUCUGGGUUGAGCGGUCACCAACACAAGCUACGGUAAUGCUGUACAGGAAGUAGCUGUGUGCUGAGGUCAGCUAAAGGACUGCCAAGUCAGUUUUUUUGACUGAGAUGUGACCCAGUGUCUCUCUUCAUCCUCUCUGACUAUGAGGCCGUCUGUGAGGCUGCUCAACAAUCAGGGAGCAGUGAAAUGACCACAGUCAUUUAGAAUAUUGAGGACCAAGGUUCAUACAACGUCUGACCUGGAGCACCUUAGUGUUGCAGGAUAAUGAUGUACUAGUUUCUCACCCUGAGCAGAACAUCACGAGAAGAUGGUCUAUGGUCUAUUAAGAAGUCAGAGGUGUUCUUUGUGUGUUAAUGAUAGAGAGUUCAGGUAGUUUUGGUUAAUGAUAUGCAUCUUAGACUCUUAGACUUGCAUAAACUACACGUUUUAAACUACGAUAAUGUAAAGGAACAUAUCGGUAAACAUACUGGUAUUUGCCAUCAGGAGAAGGUCAUUAUCAAUUAUUGAUAUUGUCUCAAAAAGGCCAUAUUGUGCACCAAUUCCUGUAGGGCACUAACGUACAGACAGUUUUUCUGAUGAUUCAGAUGCAACGGCCAAAUCAUGAAGUGUCAAAACACCUGCACACAUUAUUUCCUUUCUAUUCACUCUGGUGGUGUCCUGAUGCUCAUCACAGCACGUUGACAUGCAUCAACUCGUCAGGCUUCAUCGCUGUCCUGUUUUCUUUCCUCUGUCAGUCAAAGUCAACAAUGCACUAAAGCAACAACUCUUCCUCACCUGCUCUAUGGAUCAGUAGAUCCCCAAAAAAAUCGUUUAUCUGCUUUAUGAUGCUGCUGAGCUUCCUCUAAAGCCAAGUUCCGGGACGACUACAUUAGCAUACUGCGAAGAGUUAUUUGUUGCUUUACGCUCAAAAUCAGACCAUAAUCGUGCUCUUAUGAAAAGGUGAAAAAUAUGCCAGUAAAACGUGUUAUGUUUGACAAACCUACCUCAUGUAACUGUCAACCAGCUCAAAAACUGAUAAUAAUGUCACCAGGGGUGUCAACUGCUUGCAGCACACUCAAACCAAACAGAGAUUUCCCAAAGCAAACACUCGUGUCAUCUGAACAAAAACAUCCACACACACUCUCACCUGGUACGCACACACUCUACGACACAAACAGCAGCCAGGCAAACACAUGCAGAAGCAACAAGAGUUUAAGCUGCAAAGCAAAUCAGGGAGUGGAGCCUAAAGCUUAAAAAAAUUCUCAGGCAGCGGGGCCCGUGGGUGUCAGGGAGAGCGCUGCCUCUCACCUUUUGAAUAGUGUUUGCGCACACAUGUGUUUGCUUGCCUGUCUGUGUGUGUGUGUUUGCUCAUAGGUAUGGAUAAAAGUGUAAUGUUUGCUCUCUUAGCCUGCUUGACAGCUGUCUCUCAGCUAAAGCUCUCUCCAGUUCAGGCCUUUCAGCAGCACUCGGUGAUAAUGGAAAAAUAAGCUUUGGAAGGACAGGCAAUCUGAGAGAACUCAUUAAUUUUUACUCAGGCCUUUUGUUUUCUUUGACACUGACAAAUGGAUCGUCAUGUCAAUGUCCUGAUAAUUUCUCCUCCACCCAGUCGGUACUUAACGUCAUAUUAAUGAAACAAAGGUUAUUGAAGACUUAAACAAGGCACUAAUUCACCUGCUUGAUCACUUAAUGUACAGUCGUCAUUCAUUUUAAGUACUCUGCUAUGGCGACUACCUGAGCUUCAUUCUGUGUUGUUUUGUCUGCUUUAGUAAUGAGUGACACACUUAAUCAGAAUCAACAAGACCUCCAAAUUCAACAACAAAAUUUGUUGCUUAUUUCUCUCCCUUAGCAACAUCUCUCAAAAAGAGAAGCAUGGUACAGUAACUGGGUUAGACAGGUUUAAGGAGGGAUUUUAGUAUUUUUUAACCAACAGCGUUCAAUUAAUUUUAAAAAGUUUAAAAUACUGAAUGUGUUUAAAGGAUAAAUAUUAUUAACACAUUGUUUGACACAUUUAUUUGCCUCACCUUUGAUAUAUCUCAAAGACUCUUCCCAACAUCUGUCCCUUUGUUUUUGAACUCUUUUGGAGUCAGUUAGACACUUCUGACAAGUCAGACGCUGACAAAAUCACAAUUGCACAAUUUUAACAGCACUGCUUUCAAUAUCUUUGGCUCAAUAUUAUGAUCAAAUCUUUUCAUGAAUGUAUUUGGAAUUAAAACUCUUCCAUUAUCACUCUUUAACUUUAAGGACCUGUAUUUCUGUGGUAAAGGGAGUUUAAAAGGGACUAUGCCUCGGGGGUAGAGUUGGUCGUCUCGCUUUCGGUCAUGGGGUUCAAUCCCUGGUCCUGCUGUCCACAUGCUAAGGUGUCCAUGCUGGCUGCAUGCAGUAGUGCAUGAAUGGGAUUAGUCAAAAAACUGAUGUGCACUUUACAUAGCUGUCUCUGCCAUCAGUGUCUGAAUGUAAUAGGGAAUUUAAAAGUGUUUUGAGUGGUCAAAAGACAAGAAAAAUUCUCCAUAUAAUCAUGGUCCAUUUACUAUAAAAUGAGCAUUUCUUUAAUGUGUAUUAAUGUUGUCAAGUUCUUCAUUUUAAGCCAUGCACAGUGCCACUAAAUAUGACACAAAAUGUCUCGAUUAGUAUCGGCUUCAACCACAAUUCCCCUGGCCUCUAAUCUGAAACCCUCAUGGCUUGGUCAGUAAACUUUGGUGCUUGAUCUCAAUAUGACAUUAGAGUCAAAAUGCCAUCAUACUCACAUUAGCUAGAACUUUAUUUGGUUGUGAGGCAGCAUCAGCACCAGUCUCUGAAAUUUUAAACUUAAGACUGAAAUAGUUAUAAUUCCAAAAUGGUGUUCAACCUCCUCCUUCUCUUCACCACCCUUCCUCUCCAUUCUCCUCUCUCUCUCUCACAUUCUGCGCAUGUUAAACGCUGCGAGUGCUGCAGACACUCUGUCUUGUUAAUUUCCUGAUUGUGUAAUUAUAUCAGGAUGUUGUUUGUGCUAUCAGAGGAUUCAGUUCUUGUCAUUGUUUGGGCUGUUUGGCAGAUUUGGGUGAGUGAUAGCAAACUUCGGCUCCAUGCUUGCACUAUCAAAGCAAUCAGAGAUAGCAGCUCCACCACCGACCUCUUCACAUAACACACCCUUUCAUCCACCUCCUUCUUGUGAAUGAUUCACAUGUGUGGUGUCAGGAGGAGCUAAAGCAGUCAGAAUCUGAUACAUCCUUGUAGAAACCUCAGGAGGAGCGUUUGUAGGGUGGGCGGAUGUUUUUCAUGGCAGAGAGGGGACAGAGAUCCUAUCCAGCCCAUUAACAGUAAUUGCGCUUGUCUUGAGUUCAUUAGACAAGGAGUGGGGCCUGCAGGAAGAACGCAACGGAAGGGGAGGUGUCAUCCUCUCACAUCAGACAUGAGGCUGUGGGGUCAACAGGAGAGGAGGUGCAAAUGAGUUUAGGUCGAAAAUGAAAAAGGACGGCAAGAUAAACACGAUAAGGCCCACUGCCGCUGCCCACCCUUCCUGGCCCUGGUGAUGAUAAUCGCUCAGCUUGUUUUGCCAUCGCUACCUCCAGAUAAAAACCAAGGGCUACAUGACACGACUCCAAACAAACACUUGAGAUGAUAAAGGACAGACGACCGGUUCUCACAGCUGGGACCAGUCGUGUUCUUAAAGGCUAUUACACUGGAGACUGAAACCUUUGGCACUUCCUUUAGGACUAAAUGAUUUUUUCAUCACUUUUUUGCGGCAGUACUUGCAGAAAAACAUGGUUACUAAAACUAAGAAAGAAGUAAAACCCUGCUGUCAAAUACAGUCUUUAAUGCUUGUCAACACCAAAAUGAAAAGCAGAAUUUCAUGUAGUUACACUAACAUUUGGAGAUAAUGAAGUCGGAGGUUGAUUUUCUCGUGCAUUUACCUCAAACUGACCGAAGGGUUUUACGUAAACCACCUACUUUUGGUUCCGGGCUUUGACUGAAGCAAGGAUGGAAUUAUGACCUAAAUAGUGAGAGAAAAAGGGUCAGUAGAAUUGUCCGUAGGAAAGAUGAGGAGCUGUACAGUUGUCCAUGUCUCUACAGCUGCUCAACUAUGACUCUUAUUAUGCAAACUCAUAUAAAACUUGUAGUUUUAAGAUGAUCAAAUAUUAGGCCUAAGUGAACUCUUGAAGAACUGUAGUUUUUUUUUUAUUUUGUUUUGCUUUCCUGUGUUAGCUUCAUUGGAUUUUGGGCUUUAAAUUUCCAGACUUAAGGUCAAUCUUACAACCCUUCCCUUUAAACCUGCUUUUAGAGACUGAUUUUGAAAUGUCAUCAUUGUACAUGAAUUUUUCUCUACACAUAGAUGCAUACUAUGUCCAUUGACAGGUGUGUCAAGUUUACACACAAAUGCUUCUUUUUGACCUCCUUGCUGCACUUCCCAUGCUUUGAACAUGAAUUUGUCUGUGUUUCUGAUCCUCCCUUAUAUCAACCUGUCUUAGGUCAGCUUGUUUAUCAACCACUUCUUCAUUAGUUUGCUUUCUAAGAAUCUUAAGUACCUUAGCUGCUUUGACUGUUUUUGGCUGGAGUCAGCCAUAGAUCAAGGUCAUUGGAUAGUGAGAUUAGAGUCACGAUGAGUGACUAUCGGGUUUGCAGACAAUCUAAAAACAGCAGUUUAAUGUAAUUAACCUCUAGACUUCUAUAACACUUUUUCAAACCUCUAACAAGCUAUUGCGCUUGUCCUCGUAAUGCAAAGCUUAACUGAAUUCCACACAUCAGGUAAUUCCUUUGAAAAGUAUUAUGGGUAUUGGGCUUAGUUAUUGACCCUGAGAAUAGGAAUGAUCCCCUCCUCAGUACACCACAUCGUAGAUUUGCUGGGUAUUUCAGCCGUGUCAACUGCCUGAAAUCAAAGUGGUCCUGAUGUGUGAGAAGUGUAGAAGUUCAGACAUCUGACAGCUACAUAACCGGCUUCUGUGACAUCUGUUAAUCAUCCUCUUAGACCGACACAACACUGAAGGUUAUUCCCUCCUCUGUGACGAAGAUAUACCAGUUCUUGGAGGCAUGUGUUCUGUAAAUGUUCCCUGCCAGGAGCUGCUGUCAGAAUCCUUCCUGGACCUGUUUUGGAGUUUUCAAUCCAGUGUAAUGGGAUCACCCUUUAAAUACCCUUUCAAACAGCUACACUAAACGGAUGUGCGACCCGUUUUUCAGCCAUCUCUCCGAUCAACCUGGCUGUGCUGCGUUAAGUAGACACCUGAUUUGACGGUCAGGCUUUGUCAGAUCGUCACAGCCUAAGCCCUGAGAGGAUGAGCCCAAAAUCACCUGCUAAGGCUCUUUGGAGUCAGAGCUGAGGACCUAAAUCCCCAAGUUUACCUUUCUUACCUGUGCUUAGUCCUCUUAUCGAACGCUAACUUCGCAGGACAAAGGGUUAUGUCCUGGAAAGGCUGGCAGGUAAUCCAACACCUGCUGUAAGGACACCUGGCGUCCAGAUUUUCUGAGAUUACACUACAAGGGCAAGGCCUUUUUUUUACACCUCUGUCCCUUGAACUGUUUGGAUUAUUUGUUUUGUUCAUCAAGUGGUGUGUGUAAGUCAAUGUGUAGCAUAAAAAGUAGUUACUACAUUUUAAAGAUUUUUUUAGUCUAUUGUUGUUGGCAAUUUUCAAUGGACACUGUUCAGUACCUCCCUUCAUCCUUAAAUAACACAUAUUUUGUUUAAGGUAGCAUACAGUAGUCUUUUAAUACAGAUUUUUUCACAUUUGCCUAUACACUAUCUUUCACAGAAAUUCUUAUAGUAUUUCUUUAAUUUUGUUCAUGUUUCCUUGGCUUAUUUUGGCUGUUGAUAAAAGCUUUUAUGAAUUGUUCACUGGGACCAACAGUAGAGUCUAUAGCACUCACAGAUGGAUAAAGUUACUUUGUUUUAACAUUGGAAAUUCUUGAGUUACCACCAUGGGCCAGCCAGGCAUAAAUAUACAAAAAAUAUACAAAAACUUCUGAAGAUAAAAAUACACAGUAUGUUUCCAGGACAGAUUUUUUCAGCAGUAACGUGGCAGAUAUAAACAGAAGUGGAUCAGAAUCACUUGUAAAAGAAUUCCAUUUCUCUGAAUUAAGAUGGAUUUGGAUUACAAGAAAAAGUUGACUUUCUUUAGUAUAUUGUUUUUUUUCCGCCAUUGUCUGGUUGUCUCUUAAGUCACCCUGUUGCCAGCCUAAAUGUAUUUAAAAUACAUCAUCUUAUAUCAGUGAAGUAUGCCAAUUCAUCUCAGCUGAUCCUGAAGAAUCACUUCAACAAUCUGAAAUUCACGUCUGAAAAAACUGCCAUAAUGUGCCUUUACAAAAAAAAAAACAUGACAAUAAUACCACCUGUGCUACUCAAAGACACGAGCAUCUCCCAGUGUUUAAAAUCCAAAAUAAAAUAAUACUGGAUCAGACUAAACAGUCAUAAAUGUUUGCCUCUUAAAGUGACCCAAAAGUUCAAAGUUUAAAUUUUAUCCGUUUUAUUCAGUAACAGUAGAUUUUUUUCCCCUCAAGUGAAUGGAUUAGACUUCCACAGAUUUAAACACACCAAUAAUUCUCUGUUAAACAAAAACUCAUUGUAUACUAAUAUAUUACAAUAUUUAUUAUGCCACUUUGUAAAAUAAAGUAGAAGCUGUUUUGAAUACACUCUGGAUGUGACAUUACAGAGAGAUCAAAUUCAAUCUGCUGUGAUGUACAUGGAUAUUUACCCCAUAAACUGACAAAGACUUUUUUUUAAAUGUAACAGAUAUUUUCAGUAUCAGGAUGGUGAUUUUAGUGAAGAACCUUUCUGUUGUGGUUGUUUGUUAUAUUUCCUUUCCUUACAUGAAAAUGAGGCUUUCACAAGCUGCCCUUCAUCUGAACUCACAACAGGGAUGAUGCUAAAUAUUUAAAUCGGUGUGCUGCGCUUAGAGAAAAAACAAAAAGCAUCCGUGGCAGCUCACUUUUCUGUCAAAGUUAUAAAUAUCUGUGCUCAAGUACUCCACUGGAAAAUGUGUCAGAAUUACCCAAAGUUUGUUCUACUUUCCAUUUGACUGAUCCAUCAGUAGACAGCUACGUACGUUUUUUUGAACCAGAAAGUUAUUUAAACUUAAAUACAAUCACACUGAAAUCUUUUUUCUUUUUUCUCCUUUUUUCGCUGUUGUCAGAAACAGUGUUAUUCAUUUUCUAAACGAGAGUGGCAGAAAGAGGGUGUUACAAAUUGGAGAUCUUUUUUCCUUGAUCUCAUCAUGAGCUCAGCAUCCAGAGCUCGCAAAAUGACAAACAUAGCUGUCCCAUGCCUCUCACCCAGCCUUUCUUUAGGUACUUAAUCACCUUCAUGGGGAUGGUUCCUGCUUUGGAUAACCUGGCCGCCUGCUGCAUGUGAUCCCCGGUAAACCGUACUUACCAAACUUAAAGACUUGAUCCGGACCGGGUCAGCGGCUAAAGAUGAAGCUCUCAGGGGCCGGCUCAGAGCAUUGUGAUUACAGAUUUACUGAAGGACAAACAUCUUAGCAGGAUAUUCGUGUGACCGCUCUGCCCUACACAGGUCACAAACACAGAUAAGGACUUACACAUAACCUCUGCCCCUCCACGCCGGACAAACAGGCAGAGAAAACAUCCAGCUUUAAAUGUUUGGUUAAUAAGAUGACUGGAAAACUUUGGUUGUGGUAACCACCUUAUGUGUAUCAUGUAAAGAUAAAUGAUAGACAAAAAAAGUUCCUCAUUUUGGUAUCACAACCUUAAGUCCAAAUACCUUUUUUAGGUUGUUUUUUUGGUUGCCUUUAGAGGACAGUAUUAGUAAAUGAAACCAAAAAUAUAAUAGAUAGAAACUUCUAUAGGAGUUUAAAAUAGUGCUCCAACAGCUCAAAUAAAUCAGAUUAAUAAAAUUUGAUGUCAUGCAAGUACACUAAAAAAGAUUUUUGUAAGGCUGUUUACCAAAAAUCUUAGUUAAACUUUACCAUCUAUUAUCACAUGAGCUCAUUUAACAACACUUUUAAUUCAAAUAUUUUACAAUACAACAUUUAUAAAACCAAUGUAAUAUAUGAGUACCGUGUUAGAGCCUAAUAUGUGACAGUCACCCAAAAUGUUAUUUAAAAAAAUAUAACUGGUUGAUAAUUUAACAAGAGACUGAGCCCAGGAUCUUAUUCAUAUUUUGCCUAAAAUGUUGCAGUUUGUUACAUUUGGGGUCACUUAUUACAUUAUGGAUUUUAUUACUUUUUUUAAUUAUAUCUCAGGUUCAACACUUCUAUUACAUUAUUGACCAAUUAUUACAUUUCGAACUUUAUUACAUUUUAUUUAUUACUUUUCAGGUCAUUGUUACAUAACGGGCUCUAACAUGCCACUCAACCAAAGUAUCCACUGACACCAACAGAAAAAAACAUUUGAAUUAAUUACAUCUCAAACAUAAAGUCAUUUCUUAUACCAACAUAAAACAUACUAAACAGCAAUAAUAUUUCACAGAAAUAACUUCCUCAACUAGGUUGCUAGGUUGUCAUCAGGCAUUACUCUUCAGAUAUUAAGCUACAUAACAAAGGCAAUGAAAAGUGUUUUGUUUUUGAGUUUCUAGCCAAUGGGGAUUAAUUCUGAGGGGCAGAAGCAACACUGGAGAAAACCUGUCCAUGCACUUAACGUAAUGGCAUCCGCGAACAAUAUAGAGAAUGUUUUCAAUACUAUUUGUAAUUUAAUUUACAGCACAAAACUUUUCAUGGAUGGUAAGAUGACUGUCAAAGCUCAAAUUUGCAUACCAACCCACUCAAAUUUUUUCACACAUUUUUAAUAAUUGAAAAAAUGCUCCAUUUCAAAAAAAUAUAAACAAAUGAUAUUAAUCAUUUUAACAUACUGUACUGUAUAUUUAAAAAUAAAAUUGAUCCUCCAAAAUCAAAUAUAUGCCUGUAACUAUAACAUAGAGCGAACCUUCUCCAUAGAAUAAAUAGUCUCCUUUGUGUGACCUUAUAACCUUUAAAACAUACAUUUCUAUAAGAAUGAUGUUAGUCAGGAUGCAAAUGACAGAUCACCUCAUAGUAGACUAAGUUCUUCGGUGAUGAGGGCUCUCCUGCUCUCUAACAAAGUCUAAUUUACUUUUUGUUUAUUUUUGUAUAGUUGAGUACUUUGUGUUUUUUUUUUUUUUUUUUAAUUUAAUUUUUUGAAUUAAACAAACCUCUAAAGGUCAUUAUAGUAAAGCCAAGGAUGCUAUAAAAAAUGAAAUUAGUUAAUCAAACUCAAUGUUUUCCUUUCUGUGAUUCUGCAAAAUACAGAUAAUCAGCAUGCAAAGCGAGACCUUCAAAGGUUGAGUCUCCUCUUUCUAGAUGGAGGAGAAGCAUUUCAGCCAGUAGGGGGUACACGUACUCCAAGAGGAGAUCUCGCUGCUGGUCCGCAUUGUGUCAUUGCAUUCCUUACAAAAUCCUGUCUUCUGCCUGUCUGUGCAGCAGGAGUCACUGUCACACUUUGUUCAUGAGUCAGUGUUUUCUCUGCCAGUUCCAGAUCAUUCUACCUGUGAGUAAAUACCAACGCAAGAUCUAACGAGUCUUUUUCAGGAUGACUAAAUCUAUGUAAGUUUCUUUAGCCCCAUUGAGUUUGUUGAAUAGGUGCAAGCACUUAACAAAACUCACUAAGCUGCGAUGACUCUAAUAGGGUAGGGGUGGAGGAAGUUUUUGGGUCUCUGUGUCAUGGUGCUCGCAGAGCCAGACAUCAAAUAGACUCCAGCCAGAGGUGACAGAGGGCUGAACCGGGUAGUAGUUAGGGAUCCAGAGGGAGUGUCCCUGAGGCUUAAAGUAGGAGUGACAUCGAGAAGCAUUUCAGCCAUGGCCAAUCAUUUGCUUUAAUCACAACUGGAGUAUAAUUUAAUAAUUUUCCAUCAGUAGCAUGUUGCAUUUUAGCUUCACUCUGUUUCUUUAUAAUUGAAACUGGCCGUUUAGACCAGAAGAGAAGCGGAAAGAUGUAGAAUCCAGUAGUUGGCGUCUCACUGACUUUACAUUGGCCAAUAACAGCUAAACGGCUCCUCCCAAGACAAUGAAAGGAAUAAAACAUUGAGCUUUAAGCCAAGUUUACCCUGGCUUUUAUGUGCAAAAAGCUGUUUAAGUUUUACUGGGAUUUAAUACUUUAUACUCGGCUGUAGGUUGGCUUUUGAAGCUCUUGUUUUCGGUCUAGAAAGUAGACCAAUCUGUCGCUUGUAAAUAGCAAGGCUUAACUUUACAAGCCACAUGAUGCGCACAGCAGCAAAUGGAGGUUAGUGCAGAAAAAAAUGUAAUCCAACUUAUAGUCUAUACGCAUGAUAGAGAGCGAGGAUGUUUGCAGUGAAUCUAAGUUAUGUAGGGUCAGCUAUAAGACGAGAUAAAACUGACUGGUCUCUUAUUGAACAGUUUAAGAGCUUUUUGUGAUCUUUAUGGCACAGGAAGAUAGAGUCACACUGGCCUGUAAAAGAGUAAGAUGACCCUUUCUGAAAGAUGAAUUUGGGGAAUUUUAUUGAGAAACAUUUGUGGAACCAGAGUUUACAGUUCACACAAUGGCAAUGACUCUUAUUUUCUCUUUCACCUUCAAAUGAGGGGUUUAUUGAAGUAUAAAGGUAAAAUCCAGUAAAAAAAAAAAAAAAGUCGCUUUACACAACAGGAUCUUUUUACAGUGUUUCUGCAAGUUCAUAAAAAUAGCAGCCAGAGAGGAAACACAAGCUGUUUGUCUUCAGAUUUAAGAGCUGUGCAGUUGUUAAGGUGUUAUCGGCAGUUCUAAAGCUAUAGAGGUAAACAGAAAACUACAAAACCGACAUUUAUUCAAUAGUCAUGACUCAUUACUGAUGGUAGAUACUCCCUGUCAAAAAUUUCUCUAACACAAGUAAAAGUUGGUCAGUCAGAUUAUUACAAGAGUUAAAGUACUGCACUGGGUUUUCCCAGCUAUGGGUAAAUUUAAACAUAGAGUAGUUUUAAUGUAAUUUCCAAUGUAAGGUGGAGUUCAAACUACACUAAUGAUUUAGGUAAUGCACUAGCUGAGAUACUUUUAACAUAAACACAAGUUACAACCUAAAUCCAGAACCUGCCUUUAAGUGUAUGUAACCCAGGUGUAUGCAGUGUAGGUGUAAAGUCCUCAGUAAAUAGCAGUUGCCAUGGCACUGUUUUGACAGAUGAGGUAAACUUGGAGACGACAAGGAGUAGAGAGUUUUACUAGCUGUUUAGUGCGGGUAACAUGUUACCUUAUUAUAGGAUUGACACAUAAACACUAUAAACACAAAAAGUUUUCUCUGACUGGCAACAUCUUAUCUAUAACAGUAUUUCUGUUUGUGUGGACAUUAUGGUCCACUAGUUUAGACAAACCUCAGGUCCUCUUUGGUGCAGUCAAACAACUUCAAUGAUGAUGUGACUGGUUCCUGUGUAUGGUUUGGUGUGGACUUAACAUCCUAACCUUAUACAAAAGUUAAGCAGAGGUGGUGCAGCAGGCUUCUAAAGGUUCAUGCUAGUAAAAAUACUCAAGUAUUUAAAGUUCUUUUUGUAAAAAUCUCAAAAUAUUGAUUUGAUUUAAAAUGAUUAUCCUAUAGGGCGUCACUGGUCUCGCUGUCUACAUGCACACCCCACAUAAGGUUUUGCCUCAGCUGGUGGGCCUGGGUUUGCUUUCAGCCUCUGGCUCCUUUACCAUUUAUCGACCCCCCCCCCCCCACCCCCACCCCCUACAAGGCCAGAACGAUUUUGAAGACCACAAUGGCAGUUUUGCUUUAAAAAAGCAAUUCAAAAGUCAUUCUUAAUUCCAAAAAACUCAAACAUGGGCUAAAACUAUGACUCAGGAGGAAGUACUCAGGAGGAGAAUCCUCAUCCCUCUCUCCUGUGGCUGCAGUUACCACCACUAAAUGAACCGUUUCAAAGACUGAUCAGAGUACAUCAUCAUAACUCAGUAUACUUUAUUUGCUUUAUAAAUAAGUGGACAAUACCUGCGGUACUACAAAACCAUUCCACUUCCAAUACCACAAUCCAGAUCUCAUACGCUGAGUCUGUUUUUUAAGCAACAAUAGAAAUAUAAAAGUCAAUAAUAACUUCAUCUGUUAAUGGGUACGUAAAUUUGUAGUCUGAUUUGCAUUGAUCAAUCUUGAAUCAGCAGGCUUCGGUGUACACAGAAGGAACCUGUUAGUAUGAAAUGUAAAAAGCUGGAGGAACACUGUCCACCGUGAUGGCAUCCCAGCCUCCAACAGGGGAAAUCUGAUGACAGUGAUUUAUCGCUAUAAACACAGAUCUGCAUGCAAGUGCAGCUAACAAUCUGUUCCAGAUAAAACUGUUAAACUUGAUGCUGUUGCAAACAAUCAAUCAAUGUUUACAUUUCCUGUCUAUUAGGAAUGGAACUGCCAUGAUGGAUUCAUCCGUUCAGCUAAUUUUUGGUUUGCUCUUCCUCUCAUGAACUGACUUGACAAAGCUUAUCUUUUCACGUUUUACUAAUCUGCGUCAUGACGUUAUUCCAGCAGACUUACUCAGACUCGGGUCUUCAUACUUUGCUGCAGUAGGACAAACUAAAGCUUCUGUGUAAAUUUUGAUUUGCUGUUGAUCUGAGACCCUUAAAAGUACAAAUGAGGGGAUGCUCCGCCAUCAGAUGAGGUAAACCAAGAAAUGAUGGUCAUUCAGUGCUAAAUUAUAGUUUCGCUGAAAUUACACUGACAUUAGCAGUUUUUCUAAGAGGCCUUUCAUAGUUAACCGCUAUGAAUGGUAAUAGGUUCUGAGAUUGCAGAUAAGCUUUCUUCAAAGAGGAGUAUUUAAUGUGCACAAGUUUUCAUGCAAAGUCUGGACUAUUUAUUAAACAUUGCUUGACUUUCUGGUUGAACUCUAAAGAGGACAGGGCAAGGAUAAUGUGUUUCAUUAAGUUUUCCAGCGGUUACUAUGCGACACUUAACUAAACUAGAAAUAACCCCAAACACAAACAGACCCAGAAUAGUAACAAGUACUCACUCUGCCAAAUGAAAGCUAUAACAAACAAAACAGGUAAUCAGAGGCAGAAUCAAAAGCCAGAUAGAAAAUGUAUUGCCCAGUAAAAUUAAAGUUGUCAGUCUGCAUCUCCUCAGGCUGCUUCAUGCUGCUAUAGUGACAGAAAUCCUUUUUCUUUUUCACAGUGAGGUUUACACUCACAAUCAAAUUUCCAAAGACAUUUUUCCUCCUGAGCUCCUGGUGAUUUAUGACCUUCUCUGAGGAGGCAAAGCGUGGCUCCUCUUGUUUUGCAAUCUGCAGAGUUUCACUGUGUUUCUUCACGAUAGUUCGAGUUAGGGCCUUCUUUGGAUUUGAUAGCACUUUGAGUUUGAUUUAUUUUUGUCUUCUUUCAUAUAAAACUUAAAAGCCACAAGUCUAAAGUUGAUACUUUGUACUUUAUGUUUGUUUGUCUCCAUCAAACAGUCUGAGUUUUUCCAAUGUUAAAUGUUUUUGUCAAACCCUGGACGUAAAUAUCUUGUGUCUCUGUCCUCUCUGAAUGUCUGAUCCGGGAAUUUAUUCUAAUGAUAAUUAGUUUUUACAGAUGCUUUUAUCCAAGGCCAUUUUGAAAUAUAGACGUCCUGUUUAAUACAGCAGAUUUAGCUUUGGUUUAAACUGCUGCCAACCAGCUGUAUGUUUGAUCAAGACACACAAACACAGUUUAACCCUCCACCAGAGCUUUGAACCCACACUGAGCCUUUUUGGCCCGGUCCUCUUCUGAGCAAUGCCCACUGCUGCUAAUCCAUCCGUGCGUGUUGUUUUCCUCUGGAUCAUUUUAUGGAGGAGUAGAAGAAAGAGGACAUGAAACACUUCUGCAUGUUCAUUAUGCUUUAUUAAUACCACAGUGUCACCUUGCACAUGAGGUACAUAAACGGUAACCUGAAACAGAGACCCUCCUUGUCCCCUCUGUGGCAAAUCUCUCUGCAUGUGGACCUCAUCUGAGUUAUUCACUAAUUGACUAUUUACAGGCUCGAGGAAAGCUCUAAUGGACUUGAUAUUAAAUCCCCCUCUGAUAUUUAAAGUGUCUUUUUGGAGUAGAUUGCCGAAAAACCCAGGCUUUUUUCUUUUUUACAAGAGGACCAAGUUAAGCCCGUCAGAGCGUCAAAAUGGGCCAGCCGAGCCCAGGCGGCUGUUAGACGGGAUUAUGGGACGACAGUAGGCGAGGGCAGGACGAUGCAGGGGAGAAGGGAACGUCCAGAUCUCUCUUCAAUCACUUCCAGAUGGACUGCAGACCCAGGGUCUCUCACCAGGGAACUGGCUCAGCCUGGUUAACUUGUGCUCCAUAAGGGGCUUAAACUUGGCUUCUUUCUAAUGAGAUUGACUGAGGUUUUAUGUGGAAAGUUAGAUAACAUAAAUUUCAAUUUGCCUGCUCUGUCCUUUAAUGCAUUUUUCAGCCUUUGACCAAAAUUCUUGGGCCAUUAAACUGCAGUCGGGGAUCUUCGGUGUAAACUUCAGAACUUCAGAUAACCUUUCUCUCAACCCUCUCUGUUUUUAUGGGACAGAAUUUUAAGGUUCAAGAUACAAGAUUUGGUACAUUUGUCAAUUUUCUUUUAUAUCUCUAUAUAUAAAAAACAAAAAUUCUGUUAUCCCAACCCAGAGAAGUGUGACCAAAAACAUACAUUAAAAAGCACUCUCUGUAUUAAAUGAAUGGUGACAUACAACUGAAAACACACAGUUGUACGUCUAUGAUUAAAGUUUCACAUUUUAUAAAGGCCAGAGGUAACGUAUAGAAACCUACUCUAUGUGGACAUCUUCACUGUUUUUGUGUUGAGAAUGAUUCUGCUUGUUCACUUCAUAUGUUUUUAUUCAUCCUGUCAUGUUUGCACUGACUGCAUAAUAAAGAUAACAUCACCCUCACUCACUCACUCACUUACUGUGGACUUUACCGAAUAUUUUCUGCUUCAUCGGAUUGGCUCAGGCUUGGAAAUUUUUGAGUUUUUUUCUGAGUUUUGUGCACGGGCACACAUACAGCUGGAUUACAUGUAUUGGUUAUCAACCAUAAGCAUUGUUUCAUGUUUUUUACAGAUCUGGUUGGCCCCAGCAGCAGUCUGGUUCUGCCCUCACAUUCACAUCGAAGGCUGA